AUGGAAUUCCCUAUAAGAAGCACAAAGAAGCUGUGUUUUUGCGCCGCGCUGUUGUGGUCGCUUGUGAGCGACCUGGCACUGGGAGGUAAGAUCUCUGACAAUUCCAACUUUCCGCCGGGGAGCCGAGAAUGAUUGUAAUCUCUAUACAUUGUGUUUUAGGUGGUCUAUAUGUGUUUGACACUAAUUCACGAAUGUAUUUUUAAGCGCUAUUACGCUCAACUUUCACCGUUUUUUUUCUGUGUGCGAGAAUAUGAACACUAGCCACCACAAUUGGGCUUUGGUCCUGAGCUCACUUGACAAGUCUUGACUUUAAUUUCAUUUUAUUCGACGUAUAAACACAGUUUAAUAGUGGUGAUACCAGACUUGACGCUAUGUGUCUUCCAAUGACAGCUCAAUAUUGAGUUAUAAAGCUAUAAUAACAUAAGUCAUAAUUGUGAUGAAGAAAUCGAUGAUAUCCAGCAUUUCAAAAAUUAAAUUAAGUAAAAAAAUAAGUUAUCACUUUCAGAAUAUAAAACUGCCCAGAGGGUUGCCCAUGGCUACACACAGACAUCAUUUUAUAAAGAAAACAUUGUCCACAAUAAUAGGUUUUACUGCACAGUGAAGACACAUUGUAUAACACAGAAUCAUCAUUUUGAACUGGAGACUGAAUCUCAACUCUUAAAAUAAUAAGAAUAUGCCAUUUAGCAGACGCUUUUAUCCAAAGCGACUUACAGUCAUGCGUGCAUACAUUUUUUUUUUUGUGUAUGAGUGGUCCCGGGGAUCGAACCCACUACCUUGGCAUUACAAGCGCCGUGCUCUACCAGCUGAGCUACAGAGGACCACGACUCUUGAACUGAAGACAUGAAAAAUCACAUUACUGGAAAUGAAAUGACCCCAGAGAAAUAGAUAGUAAGGUCGCUCGCGUCCCAAAUGGGGAAUCACCCUAUUCCCUAUACUGUAGUGCACUACUUUUGACUAUAGCCCUAUGGGUAGUGCACUACAUAGGGAAUAGGGUGCCAUUUGCGACGUAGCCCCUGGUCUCAUUGGAAUAAAGGGCCCGAAAAGUAAUUAGUGACAUCAUUCAUUUCUUCCUUAUGAUUACACAUACCCUAAUACAUAAAAGCAAUUUCUAUUUAAAGCAAACAGUCAUUAGGCUGCUGUGUAAUAUAUUUAGUAAAUGGAAUGUGAAUAAUCUAGAUGAAGAGUUUUAUUUUCGAAACUGCUAUAUACACAAAUGUUUCAUAUUUGUGUUUUUUUUAAAUCAGAAAUUGCUUAUGGGUACCUUCGUGUUAGUGUCAAAUAGUACUGUUCUCAGAUGUUUAAUUCAUAGAUUUUUUAUCUGUAUGAACAUGUGUAUAUUUGACUGUGAUAUGUGUGUGGUUGUCUCACCUAACUAGCUUAAGAUGAAUGCACUUACUCUAAAUCACUCUGGAUAAGAGCAUCUGCUAAAUUACUAAAAUGUCAAAUGUAAAUGUUUUACAAACAGAUCUCAUAUUACUGUAUAUAAUAAUAAUAAUUAUAUAUAUUUUUAAAUAUUGAUGUCACAAAUGUAUAAUUUGUACAGUUCUUUAUAAAAAAAAUAGUUAUUUCUUACAUUAGACGGUGUAAAACCUAGCAGUACUACUUAUUUCUCUGAUAGUGUGGAGGAUAUAUAGCAUUUAGCAGCAAAACAACAACUGUAUUUGACCUUCUAAAAUGAAACCAUCAAGUGAUAGAUUUUUAACAAAUACAUGUCUGUCAUUGAACAACCCCGUGCCAUGAUUAAAUAGUGAAAACAACACACCAAUCAUAAGUUCUUUAAACAAUAAAAGCUCAUUUUCCAACAUUUCUGAAAAUGGAUAUAUUUGUAUUUUUGUAUUUGUAUUGAAAAUUGAUACACUACCGUUCAAAAGUUUGGGGUCACUUAGAAAUGUCCUUGUUUUCGAAAGAAAAGCACAUAUUUGGUCCAUUUAAAAUAACAUCAAAUUGAUCAGUAUGAAAAAAAAUGUAUGCACUCACUAACUGUAAGUCGCUCUGGAUAAGAGCGUCUGCUAAAUGACUAAAAUGUAAAAUGUAAAAUGUAAUCAGACAUUGUGUCUACAUACAGUGUAGACAUUGUUAAUGUUGUAAAUGGCUAUUGUAGCUGGAAACGGCUGAUUUUUAAUGGAAUAUCUACAUAGGCGUACAGAGGCCCAUUAUCAGCAACCAUCAGUCCUGUGUUCCAAUGGCAUGUUGUGUUUGCUAAUCCAAGUUUAUCAUUUUAAAAGGCUAAUUGAUCAUUAGAAAACCCUUUUGCAAUUAUGUUAGCACAGCUGAAAACUGUUGUGCUGAUUAAAGAAGCAAUAAAACAGGUCUUCUUGAGACUAGUUGAGUAUCUGGAGCAUCAGCAAUUGUGGGUUCGAUUACAGGCUCAAAAUGGCAAGAAAAAAAUAACUGUCUUCUGAAACUCGUCAGUCUAUUCUUGUUCUGAGAAAUAAACGCUAUUCUAUGCGAGAAAUUGCCAAGAAACUGAAGAUCUCGUACAACGCUGUGUACUACUCCCUUCACAGAACAGCGCAAACUGGCUCUAACCAGAAUAGAAAGAGGAGUGGGAGGCAUCCCGGAGUCGCCUCUUCACUGUUGACGUUGAGACUGGUUUUUUUGUGGGUACUAUUUAAUGAAGCUGCCAGUUGAGGACCUGUAAGGCACCUGUUUCUCAAACUAGACACUCUAAUGUAUUUGUUCUCUUGCUCAGUUGUGCACCGGGGCCUCCCACUCCUCUUUCUAUUCUGGUUAGAGCCAUUCCCAGCUACAAUAGCCAUUUACAACAUUAACAAUGUCUACACUGUAUUUCUGAUCAAUUUCAUGUUAUUUUAAUGUACAACAAAAUUGCUUUUCUUUCGAAAACAAUGACAUUUCUAAGUGACCCCAAACGUUUGAACGGUAGUGUACAUAGCGUUUUGGAAAGAAACUCUUCAUAUAUAGAUCUAUUCAUUUACAGUUUAAUGAUGAAUAUAAUCUGAAUGAACAUAGCAUAGAAUCCUGUCUUCAAGGAGUCAGGUGUUUGUUUGUACAGUGCAUUCGGAAAGUAUUCAGACCCCUUUACUUUUUCCACAUUUUGUUACAUUACACCCUUAUUCUAAAAUUGAUUAAAUAAAAUGUUUUCCUCAUCAAUCUACACACAAUACCCCAUAAUGACAAAGUGAAAAUAGGUUUUUAGAAUUGGACAUGAUUUGGAAAGGCACACACCUACCUAUAUAAGAUCCCACAGUUGACAGUGCAUGUCAGAGCAAAAACCAUGCCAUGAGGUCGAAGGAAUUGUCCAUAGAGAUCCGAGACAGGAUUGUGUCGAGGCACAGAUCUGGGGAAGUGUACAAAAUAAUUUCUGCCACAUUGAAGGUCCCAUGUUUCAUGAGCUGAAAUAAAAGAGCCAUGACAUUUACCAUACACACGAAAAGCUUAUUUCUCUAACAUUUAUGGCACAAAUUUGUUUACAUCCCUGUUGGUGAGCAUUUUGUCCUUUGCCAAGAUAAGAAUAUCAAGAAGCUGAUUAAACAGCAUGAUCAUUACACUGUUUAAACUUUUAUUUAAACAGGGAAACAUAUUACGACCUAGGUCUCUAUAUAUACAACAUAAAUAUACACAUUAUACCCAAACAUAUACACAUUAAAAUACAAAAAUAUAACAAAUCACCCCAAAAAAACUGUUACAAUCCUCCACAAAUAAGUCCCCAAUCAAUUCUUCAUGUCAUCUUUCUGGGUAAAUUUAGGCGACAGAAACAUGUAUUUUGAACCAGCCACAGACCAUCUGAACCAGCCACAGACCUCUGAACGCAGGCCACAGACGCUCCUAAAAACCCAGCCACAGACCUCUGAACCAGCCACAGACCUCUGAACCAGCCACAGACCUCUGAACCAGCCAGACCUCUUUUAUUUAAAUAGUUGAUAUUCUCUUCUCUAGAUCAAUAAUUUGGGAAGAUUAAUUAACUAUCCUGUGGGUCGUGGGCCCCCAGAUAGCAACACAUCAUAAGCAAUGGCAAAAUGGUGGUUGAAUCAGACAGAGCCUCUACCAACAAAACUUCUAAAAACAAUGUUUUACGUUGGGAGCCCACCUGGAGAAGCACAGACCUUACCAGCCACAGACUCGACACCCUGGCCAAAUCCUCUUGAACAGCACCACAAUACUCUGAACCAGCCACAGACCUUCUGAAAAGCGCAUCUCUUUUUAGCAAUAGUUGAUAACCGUCUCAUCAAAUUUGGGAGAUUUAACUACCAUUGGGGUCACAUGGGGCCCCCAAUAGGCAACACACAUUUAACAACAUGUAAUGAUAGUCUCCAAAAUUCAAAAUUAGGUGGCCCGGGUCCGGCCAGGUCACCAAUUCUUCGGAUUAGGAUGGUCACCCAACACCAUUGAAAGGGGCAUUCACCACAUCAUUAGGGUCACCACACCAUUAGGGUCACCACACCAUUAGGGGUCACCAGCACCAUUAGGGUCCAACCCACACCAUUAGGGUCACCACACCGAUUAGGGUCACACACCAUUAGUGGUCACCACCCAUUAGGGUCACCACAACCGUUAGGGUCACCACACCAUUAGGGUCACCACACCAUUAGGGUCACCCAAGGGUCACCACACCAUUAGGGGUCACCACACCUUAGGGGUCACCACACCAUUAGGGUCACCACACCAUAGGGUCACCAGCACCACAUUAGGGGUCACCACACCAUUAGGGUCACCAACCAUUAGGGUACACCAUGGGUCACCACACCAUUAGGGUCACCACACCAUUAGGGGUCACCAAGGGUCACCACACCAUUAGGGUCACCACACCAUUAGGGGUCACCACACCAUUAGGGGCCCAAACCAUAGGGUCACCACACCAUUAGGGUCACCACACCAUUAGGGUCACCACACCAUUAGGGUCACCACACCAUUAGGGUCACCACACCAUUAGGGGUCACCACACCAUUAGGGUCACCACACCAUUAGGGUCACCACACCAUUAGGGUCACCACACCAUUAGGGGUCACCACACCAUUAGGGGUCACCACACCAUUAGGGUCACCAAGGGUCACCACACCAUUAGGGUCACCACACCAUUAGGGUCACCCAAGGUCCCACCAUUAGGGUCACCACACCAUUAGGGGUCACCACACCAUUAGGGGUCACCAGGGCACCAACCAUUAGGGUCACCAACCAUUAGGGUCACCAACCAUUAGGGUCACCACACCAUUAGGGUCACCACACCAUUAGGGUCACCACACCAUUAGGGUCACCACACCAUUAGGGUCACCACACCAUUAGGGUCACCACACCAUUAGGGUCACCACACCAUUAGGGGUCACCACACCAUUAGGGUCACCAAGGGUCACCACACCAUUAGGGGUCACCACCAUUAGGGUCACCACACCAUUAGGGGUCACCACACCAUUAGGGUCACCACACCAUUAGGGUCAAACCAUAGGGUCACCACACCAUUAGGGUCCACACACCAUUAGGGGUCACCACACCAUUAGGGUCACCACACCAUUAGGGUCACCACACCAUUAGGGUCACCAAGGGUCACCACACCAUUAGGGGUCACCACACACCCAUUAGGGUCACCACACCAUUAGGGGUCACCAUACCAUUAGGGGUCACCACACCAUUAGGGGUCACCACACCAUUAGGGUCACCACACCAUUAGGGUCACCACACCAUUAGGGUACCACAACACACACCGUUAGGGUCACCACACCAUUAGGGUCACAGGUCACCACCAUUAGGGGUCACCACACCAUUAGGGGUCACCACACCAUUAGGGUCACCAACGGGUCACCACACCAUUAGGGGUCACCACACCAUUAGGGGUCACCACACCAUUAGGGGUCACCACACCAUUAGGGUCACCACACCAUUAGGGUUCACCACACCAUUAGGGUCACCACACCAUUAGGGUCACCACACCCAUUAGGGUCACCACCAUAGGGUCACCACACCAUUAGGGUCACCACACCGUUAGGGGUCACCACACCAUUAGGGUCACCACACCAUUAGGGGUCACCAAGGGUCACCACACCAUUAGGGUCACCACACUUAGGGUCACCCACCAUUAGGGGUCACCACACCAUUAGGGGUCACCACACCUAGGGUCAACACAUUAGGGGUCACCACACCAUUAGGGUCACCACAACCAUUAGGGUCACCAACCAUUAGGGUCACCACACCAUUAGGCACCAACCAUUAGGGUCACCACACCAUUAGGGUCACCACACCAUUAGGGGUCACCAGGGUCACCACACCAUUAGGGUCACCACACCAUUAGGGUCCACCAAGGGUCACCACACCAUUAGGGGUCACCACACCAUUAGGGGUCACCACACCAUUAGGGUCACCACACCAUUAGGGGUCACCACACCAUUAGGGGUCACCACACCAUUAGGGUCACCACACCAUUAGGGUCACCAAGGGUCACCACCCAUUAGGGGUCACCACACCAUUAGGGUCACCACACCAUUAGGGUCACCACACCAUUAGGGGUCACCACACCAUUAGGGUCACCACACCAUUAGGGUCACCACACAUUAGGGGUCACCACACCAUUAGGGUCACCACACCAUUAGGGUCACCAAGGGUCACCACACCAUUAGGGGUCACCACACCAUUAGGGUCACCACACCAUUAGGGGUCACCAUACCAUUAGGGGUCACCACACCAUUGGGGUCACCACACCAUUAGGGGUCACCACACCAUUAGGGGUCACCAUACCAUUAGGGUCACCAAGGGUCACCACACCAUUAGGGGUCACCACACCAUUAGGGUCACCACACCAUUAGGGGUCACCAUACCAUUAGGGGUCACCACACCAUUAGGGUCACCACACCCCAUUAGGGGUCACCACACCAUUAGGGUCACCACACCAUUAGGGUCACCACACCAUUAGGGGUCACCACACCAUUAGGGUCACCAUACCAUUAGGGGUCACCACACCAUUAGGGUCACCACACCAUUAGGGUCACCAUACCAUUAGGGGUCACCACACCAUUAGGGGUCAGUCCUGAUACCAUGACAGGGCUGUAGGGGGAGCUGUGAUGAUGGAUGGUUGCUAUCUGAACGUUCCCAUACAAGUUCUAUAGUGCACCACCAAAGCCGUACAUAUACCCAGUUGGUAGAGCAUGGCGUUUGCAACGCCAGGGUUGUGGGUUCGAUUCUCACGGGGGGGGGGGGGGGGCAGUAAUAAAAUAAAAUAAUGUAUGCACUCACUAACUGUAAGUCGCUCUGGAUAAGAGCGUCUGCUAAAAUGACUAAAAUGUAAAUGUAAAUAUAUACAAAAUAUAUGGGAUUUAAAAUAUAUGGGAUUUAAAAUAUAUACAGUGGGUAUGCUGUAGUGGGUAUACUGUAGUGGGUAUGCUGUAGUGGGUAUGCUGUAGUGGGUAUGCUGUAGUGGGUAUGCUGUAGUGGGUAUACUGUAUUGGGUAUACUGUAGUGGAUAUGCUGUAGUGGUAUAACUGUAGUGGGUAUGCUGUAGUGGGUAUGCUGUAGUGGGUAUGCUGUAGUGGGUAUACUGUAUUGGGUAUACUGUAGUGGAUAUGCUGUAGUGGGUAUACUGUAGUGGGUAUGCUGUAGUGGGUAUGCUGUAGUGGGUAUGCUGUAUUGGGUAUACUGUAGUGGGUAUGCUGUAGUGGGUAUGCUGUAUUGGGUAUACUGUAGUGGGUAUGCUGUAGUGGGUAUACUGUAGUGGGUAUGCUGUAGUGGGUAUACUGUAGUGGGUAUGCUGUAUUGGGUAUACUGUAGUGGGUAUGCUGUAGUGGGUAUACUGUAGUGGGUAUGCUGUAUUGGGUAUGCUGUAGUGGGUAUACUGUAGUGGGUAUGCUGUAGUGGGUAUACUGUAUUGGGUAUGCUGUAGUGGGUAUGCUGUAGUGGGUAUACUGUAGUGGGUAUGCUGUAGUGGGUAUGCUGUAGUGGGUAUACUGUAGUGGGUAUGCUGUAUUGCCUUGCUGACUGUACGCCAACAAUACUGCAUGUUUGACCUCAUGCACUGUUAGAUGAUGCAGAAUGUAUUAGAGAAGAGAAGGAAAGCUACAAACCCAGCCUGCAAUAGAUGCUACCCUGGGAAACGACUGAUUUUGAAGUUUUAGCUGUUGGCCAUUGAUCUAACUAACACUCCUGUGAAGAGGUUGUCCAAGGCCACAGCCUCAUCGACAUGGCCUGCUAGUCUAAUAGGCUAAUUGCUGUGUUCAAUAUCACACUGUGCUGCACUGUAGCGCUGUAAUGGAUGUAUUAAAUAAUACAUUAAUUGGAAAGCAUUGAGUUUGACCAAGUACAAGCUGUGAGUUGACACAUUUGGCAGAGCAAUGGAUUGGGUCAGUACUGCAUAGCUAAUGCCUCUUAUUAUAAUAAUAAUAAUAAUUAUAAUAAUAAUUAUAAUAAUAAUAAUAUGCCUCUUAGCCUGCCUUUGGCCCUACGACACCAUGAUUAGUGCGAAUAGGCUCCUCAAUGCCCAGAACUUACACAACACAUUUAUUUGGGUGAAAACUGAAACAUCUUUGGGUCCUUGAAAAGUACUGUAUAAAACACAAGUAUUAUUAUGCUUAUUUAAGGUGACAUUGUGUGCAUUGAACCCUCUAAGCUAAGGGAUUUAAGAGCGUUGUGGUUGGUAGAACAGGCACUUCUUAUUUAUUGAGGUAAAAACUAAAGCCGACUGUGAGUUGAACACUCUGAGCGUGGGAUCAUGGACUAGCAGUAACAUCCGGGUGGUUGGUAGACAGGCCCACAGAGGAUUUUGGGACUAGCGAAGAUCGGGGGUUUUUGGGUAGACAGGACCAUUUGUUGGACUACCCGAAAACACUUUAAAGGGGGUUGGGGUGAGGGGACACUGGGAUUUUGGGACUAGAAAAGUAAAAAUCGGGGUUUGGUUGGUAGACAGGAAACCGGAAGGGGUUGGACUAGCGGGAAAAACUUUCGGGUGAUUGGUAACAGGACAGAGGAUUUUUGGCCUACAGAAAGAUGGGGGUUUUUUUGGGUUUAGAAAAGGACAGAGGAUGUUGGGACUAGCAGUAACAUCAGGGUGGUUGGUAGACAGGACACUGGUUUUUGGCCAAAAAAAGUAACAUGGGGGGUGGUUGGUAAAACAGGACACAAUUUUUUUGGGAUAGCAGUAACUUUCAGGGGGGUUUGGGGUUUAGACGGGACACAGAGGAUGUUGGACUAGAAGAAACAUCAGGGGGGUUUGGGGAAAAGGCCCACUGGGAUUUUGGGGCUAGCAGUAACUUUCGGGGUGAUUUUUUAGACAGGAAACUAGGAGUUGGACUGGGCAGAAGAUCAGGGGUUUGGGGUAGACAGGACGGGGAAAAUUUUUAAACCUAGAAAUUAAGAUCAGGGUGGUUGGGGGGACAGGACACUAGGAUUUUGGACUAGCGUAAGAUCAGGGGGGUUGGGUAAAACAGGACAGGGGAUGUUGGGCCCUAGAAAUUAAACAUAAAGGGUGGUUGGUAGCCCGGCCCCACUAGGAUUUUGGACUAGCAGUAAACUUUCGGGGGGUUUUGGGGGAAAAGGGACACAGAGGAUUUUUGGGAACUGCAGAAACAUAAGGGGGGUUUGGGGAAAGGACACUAGGAUUUUGGGGACUAGCAGUAACACCCGGGGUUUGGUGACGGGGACCCGGGGGGGGGAAUGUUGGCUAGCAAAAUCAGGGUGGUUGGUAGAGGGGGAACACUGGGGUUUGGGAAACUGGGCGAAAGAUCGGGGUGUUGGUAACAGGCCACAAAGGAUUUUGGACUAGAAAGUAACAUCAGGGGGGUUUUGGUAGACGGGCAUUUAGGAUUUUGGGGAAUAGCAAGAAAAACAUCGGGGUUUGUUGGUAACGGGGACGGGGGAUUUUGGAUAGCGAAAACCAUCAGGGUGGUUGGUAGACAGGACAAGGAUUUUGGAUGGGCAGUAACAUCAGGGUGAUUGGGGUAGACAGGACAGGGGAUUUUGGACAAAGCGGGUAAAGAUCAGGGUGAUUGGGUAACGGGCCCCAAAGGGGAUUUUGGGAUAGCAGAAAGGGAUCGGGGGGGGUGGUUGGUGAGAAAAGGGCCCAAGGAUUUGGGACAGCAGUCCCAUCGGGGGUGGGUUUGGUAGACAGGACAGAGGAUGUUGGACUAGCAUUUAAGCGGGGUUUAUUGGUAGACGGGAAACACGGGGGAUUUUUUGGGGAACUACCCGUAACAUCGGGGUGUUUUGGUAACAGGAAAAUAGGUUUUUGGAACUAGAAAGUAAAAAUCAGGGGGGUUUUGGUAAAACGGGACAGAGGAGGUUGGACUCCCCAAGAAAAACAUCAGGGGGGUUUGGGUAAAACAGGGACGAGGAUGGGGUGCAUUAACAUAGGGGGUUUGGUAAAAAAGGGACACUAGGGGUUGGGGACGAGCAUAAAUCAGGGUGUUGGAAACCCGGCCCCCGAGGAUUUUGGGAAACCGAGAGUAACACCCGGGUUUUUGGUAGACAGGAAAACAGAAUUUGGGGAACAGCAGUAAAAAUCAGGGGGGAAUUGGUAACAGGACACUAGGAUUUGGAAACCCGAAACCUCGGGGUGUUUGGGUUAGACGGCCGGGGAAAGGUUGGACUACCCAAAAGAUUGGGGGGGAUUGGGUAACAGGAAAAAGGAGGAUUUUGGACUAGCAGAAACACAGGGUGGUUUGGAAAGACAGGAACAGAGGAUUUUGGGCCCUAGCAAAAACAUCAGGGUGAUUGGUAGACAGGACACUAGGAUGUUGGACUAGCAGUAACAUCAGGGUGAUUGGUAGACAGGACAGGGGAUUUUGGGACUAGCAAAAAAUCGGGGUGAUUGGUUGACAGGACAGAGGAUCGGGGACAAACAGUAAAAAUCAGGGUAUUGGUAGACGGGACACAAGGAAUUGGACUAGCAGUAAGAUCAGGGGGGGUAAAACGGGACCUGGAUUUGGACAAACAUUUCAAAUUCAGGGGGGUUGGUAGACAGGAAAAAGGGUUUUUGGGAAUAGCAAAACCCAUCAGGGGUUGGUGGGCAGGACACUAGGGAUUUUGGGACUGCAUAACAUCAGGGGGGGGAUUGGUUAGACAGGCCCGGGGAAUUUUGGGAAACUAGAAAUUUAAGAUCAGGGUGUUUGGGGGUAGCCCGGACACAGGGGGAAUUGGACUACGUAAGAUGGGGGGUUGGUUGGUAGACGGGAAACCCCAAGGUUUUUGGGACUAGCAGUAACAUCAGGGGGGGUUGGGGUUAGACGGACAGGGGGAAAAGGUUGGACUAGCAGUGAUAGGGGGGUGUUUGGUAGCCCGGGGGACACAGGAUUUUCCUAGCAAAACCUCAGGGGUUGGUAGAAGGACACAGGGAUUUUGGACUACCCGGGGAAAACAUCGGGGGUUUUUGGGAGAAAGGAAAAAAGGAGGGGGUUGGUUUAUUUUUACAGAAAACAUCGGGGUGGUUGGGGGGGAAGGGGGGACAGAGGAUGUUGGACUACCCAGAAACCCAUCGGGGGGUUGGUAGAAGGCCCUAGGAUUUUGGGGACUAGAAAGAACAUCAGGGUGGGUUUGGAAAGACGGGAAACACAGGGAUGUUGGUACCCAGUAAAAAUUCAGGGGGGGGGGGUUUUAACGGGAAACAAAGAGGAGGGUUGGCCUAGAAAGUAAACAUGGGGGUGAUUGGUAAAAAGGGACACAGAGGAGUUGGGCUAGCAGAAACCAUCAGGGGGGUUUGGUUAGACGGGGCAUGGAUUUUGGACUAGCGUAACAUCCGGGGGUUGGUAAAACGGGAAAAGAGGAUUUUUGGGACUGCAUUAACAUAAGGGGGUUUGGUAGACAAAACAGAGGAUUUUGGGAAACAAACAGUAAAAUCAGGGGGGGUUUGGAAAAACGGGGACCUGGAUUUUUUGGACUAGCAGUAAAAAUCAGGGGGGUUUGGGUUUAGACAGGAACACUGGAGGGUUGGGGCUAGCAGAAAACCAUCCGGGGGUUUGGUUUAAAGGACACUGGAGUUGGACAAAGCCUUUAACCCUCAGGGGGUUGGUAAAACGGGACACAGAGGAUUGGGUUUUGACUAGCAAGAAGAUCAGGGGGGUUGGUAGACAGGACACUAGGAGGUUGGACAGCAGAAGAAUCGGGUGAUUGGUAGCAGGCCCUAGGAUGUUGGACAAACAGUAACAUCGGGGGGGGGGGGUAGGGGGGCCCACUAGGAUUUUGGACUAGCAGUAAAAAAAUCGGGGUGAUUGGUAGAACGGGCGAGGAUUUUGGGCCCUACAGAAAGAUCGGGUGAUUGGGAGACGGGGAACAGAGGAAAAUUGGACUAGCAGUAAGAUCAGGGUGGUUGGUAGACAGGACACUAGGAUGUUGGACUAGCAGUAACAUCAGGGUGGUUUGGGUUAGCCCGGACAGGGAUGUUGGACUACCCGUAACUUUCAGGGGGGUUUGGUGACAGGACCCAGAGGAUGUUGGACUAGCAAAAGAUCAAGGUAUUGGUGGGCCGGACACUGGGGUUGGGGGAACUAGAAAGUAAAAUCAGGGUGGUUGGUAGACGGGACCUAGGAUUUUGGAUAGAAAUAAGAUCAGGGUGGUUGGUAAAAGGACCCAGGAUUUUUGGACAAAGGCCGUAAACCAGGGGGGUUUUGGUAGACAGGACCUAGGAUGUUGGACUAGAUAACAUCGGGGGUGGUUGGUAGACAGGACAAGGAGGUUUGGGCCUAGCAGAACAUCGGGGGUUUUUUGGUAACGGGGACAAGGAUUUUGGGAAACUGCAGAAAACAAAGGGGGGUUUUGGUAGGAACGGCCCAGGGAAAAUUUUGGGAAACUAAUAACAUCAGGGGGGUUUUGGGUAGACGGGGCCCAACUAGGAUUUUUUAAACUAGCGUAAAACAUCAGGGGGGUUUGGGUAGCAGGACACAAGGAUUUUUGGACUAGCAAAAAAAUCAGGUGGUUUUUUAGCAAGGCCCAAAAGAGGAUUUUGGGGAACUCUUAAAAACCAUCAGGGUGUUUGGGUUUAGCCGGACACAGGGGAAUGUUGGACUAGCGGGAAAAAAACAUCAGGGGGGUUGGGUGGGGCCCAGGAAAAAGGGGGUUUUUGGACUAGCAAAACAUCCGGGGGGGUUGGGUUAGACGGGGGGGACACAGAGGUUUUGGGACACCCGAAAACCCCGGGGUGAUUGGGGUAGACAGGAAAAGAGGAGGUUGGAAGCUAAAUCGGGUGGUUGGUAACCCGGCCCACUGGGAAUUUUUGGCCCUAGGUAACAUCGGGUUUUUGGUUGGUAAAAGGGACCUGGGAUUUUUGGACUAGCGUAAGUUUCAGGGUGUUUGGGUAGACGGGACACUGGAGGGUUGGGACGAGCAGUAACAUCAGGGGGGUUGGGGUAAAAAGGCCCAUAGGAGGGUUGGGAUUUAGCAGAAAAAUCAGGGGGGUUUGGGUUUGGGACAGGACAAGGGAUGGGAAACUAGCAGAAAACAGGGGGGUUUUGGUAGACAGGACACUGGGGUUUGUUGGACUAGCAGAAAGAUAAGGGGGGUUUUGGUAGACAGGAAAACGGGGAUUUUGGACAAAAGCAGUAACUUUCAGGGUGGUUGGUAACAGGCCCUGGGAAAAUGUUGGACAAACCCGGGUAACUCAGGGGGUUGGGGUAAAACAGGAAAAGGGGAAAUUUGGGGAAAAAGCAGAAAUCAGGGUAAAUUGGGAAAGACAGGACACAGAGGAUGUUGGACUAGCAGUAAGAUCAGGGUGGUUGGUAGACGGGAAACACUGGAAUUUUGGACUAGCAGAAAACCAUAAAGGGUGGUUGGUAGACAGGACAGAGGAUGUUGGACUAGCAGUAACAUCAGGGUGGUUGGAAAAGACAACAGAGGAUUUUUGGGAAAGCAAAACCAGGGGGUUUGGUUGGAAAGACAGGAAAGAGGUGUUGGACAAAGCAGAAACCCUCAGGGGGGUUUGGGUUUUAAGACGGGGCCCACAGGGGGGGCUAGCAGUAGAUCAGGGGGGUUUUGGGUAACGGGGGACAAGAGGAUUUUUGGACUAGCAGAAAAGAUAAAGGGUGGGGGGUUUUGCGGGAAACCCGGGGGAAUGUUGGACUACGUAAAUCAGGGGGGUUUGGGGUAGACGGGACACAGAGGUUUUGGGACUAGCAGUAAGAUCAGGGGGGGGUUGGUGAGACGGGGAAAACAGAGGUUUGGGAAAUAGCAGAAAACACAGGGUGGUUGGUGACGGACCUUUGGGGGGAAGUACGGGGGGAUGAAAAAUGGCAGGGGGGGAAGGAAAACCAAAAAAGAACAGUGCAUCCUUCCUCCUCUCUUUUCAAAAAAUUUUAAAUUUAAGGGGGGGGAAAGGGGGGGCCCGCCCCCCAAAAGACCACAAAGGGGCCCAGGGGGGACGGGCCCCCCCCCCCACCGGGCCCCCCCGCCCCACCCCCCCCUCCUCCCCACACACGGUCCCCCCCCCCAACACCCUUCCUCUUUUCUCAUUUCUCUUCUCUCGCUCUUUUCUUUUUUCUCUCUCGCAUUUUUUGUCUUUAAUUCUUUUUCCCGUCUUUUUAACUCCUCUUUUCCUCUCUCCCCUUCUCUCUUCUCUCUCUCCUCUUUCUGUCUCUCUCUCUCCUCUCUCCUUUUCGCAUUCUGUCUCUUCAUUCGGGUUUGUCUUUUCCUUUCCUAAAAAACCCCCCCCCCCGGGGGGGGAAAAAGGGGGGGGGUUUUUUGGGGGGGCUUUUUGGUUUUAACCCGGGUUUUUUUUCCUUUAAACCCUUUCCCUUUCUCUCCUUCCUCGGCUAAAAUCCUGGGUUGUUUUCCCCUUCCUUUUGGGGGGCUCUUUCUCUCUCUCUCUCUCCAUUCUGUCUCUUUCUUCUGUUGCUUCUCAUUUUUUUCGUCUCCCCCUCCUCUCUCUCUCUCCCUCUCUCUUUCUCUCUCUCUUCUCUCCCCUCUUCUCUUUCUCUUCUUUUUCUCUCUAACCUGUGUCUGGGGGAAAACUAAAGGGGAAAGGGUCAGGGUCUUUCAUGUUCCAGGUGAAGUGCCUUUCAGGACAGGGCAUGCCCCUGCACGCACACCUCACACACACACGCACACCUAAUAACACACAUGCGCAUGCACGCUCACUUACACACUCGUACACACACACACACACACACACACACACACACACACACACACACACCACACACACACCCACACAACCACACCACACACACACCUCUAUCUUCCUAGGCUGCUCUACUUGGAGCGUGCUGCGUUGCAGUACUACCUGGUGAAGUCUGGGUUGUAAAGGAAGAAGAGGAAGAAAAAGAAGAAGAAGAAGAGAUCAUGAACUGGGGGAGGAGGAUUGAAGAGAAGGGCGUGUGAUAAAGGAGAAAAUAAGGGAUUCCCAUCUCUGAGAGGAGGAGAGGAGGAGGGGUGAAGAAAGGGCUGGGAGUGUGAGAAAAGUCGCGUCAUGUCAAGACGUGUUAUCUUGACGGAUGACUUGGUGUGAGCUGAGCUCUGGAGCUGUGCUCCUGAGGAAUAUUAGAGCUACUGCAUAGACUGGUCCUAAGUCACGCCAACUCCUACCUCAUGGCAUCGGAGCUGGCAAGACAGCCAUAACAGAUCUGUAACUCUAGCACACUGUAGACGGAUCUGUCAUAAUAUUGCUCGAGCAUUAUUUUCCUUCAUGCUGAGGCAGUUAGAACAACACAGAAGCGGAUCAGAACCAACUUUUUCUAAAUGUCACAUAUUUCUGACUGUAUGUGAAAAGCUGUGCCUUGCUCUUCUUGUUCUGGUUCUGGUUCUGGUUCUGGUUCUGGUUCUACUUCCUACUUCAUGUUACUUACUUCCAUCUAUCUAGAUGGCGCCGGAGAAGAUGGCUGCCGUUUUACAGCCCUCUAACCAAUUGUACUAUUAUGUGUGUUUUUUUGCGUUAUUUGUAAUUUAUUCUGUACAUAAUAUUUCUGCCACCGUCUCUUAUAACCAAAAAGAGCUUCUGGAUAUCAGGACAGCGAUUACUCACCUCGUAUUGGAAAAUAAAAAAAUCUUCAAUGAGUCGGACGCAAAGGAUAUCCUACAGACACCCGACAAGGCCCAAAGAAAGAGACAGAGAUAUCGUGGACGUAGGUCGGGGUGCCUCGUAAGGAUCCGACGGCGAGCGAGUAAACUGCCUCUUCCAUCAAUCCUAUUAGCCAAUCUUCAAUCAUUGGAAAAUAAAUUAGAUGACCUAAGAUUAUGCUUAUCCUACCAACGGGACAUUAAAUAUUGUAAUAUCUUAUGUUUCACCGACGACAUGGAUAACAUACAGCUAGCGGGCUAUACGCUACAUCGGCAGGAUAGAACGGCUGACUCCGGUAAGACAAGGGGUGGCGGUCUGUGUAUAUUUGUAAACAACAGCUGGUGCACAAAAUCAAAUGCUAAGGAAGUCUCGAGGUUUUGCUCGCGUGAGGUAGAGUAUCUUAUGAUAAGCUGUAGAUCACACUAUUUACCAAGAUAGUUUUCAUCUAUAUUUUUCAUAGCUGUCUAUUUACCACCACAAACCAGUGCUGGCAUUAAGAUUGUACUGAAUGAGCUGUAUAAGGCCAUAAGUAAACAGGAAAACGCUCAUCCAGAUGCAGCGCUCCUAGUGGCCGGGGACUUUAAUGCAGGGAAACUUAAAUCCGUUCUACCUCAUUUCUACCAGCAUGUUAAAUGUGCAACCAGAGGAAAAAAAACUCUAGACCACCUUUACUCCACACACAGAGACGCGUACAAAGCUCUCCCUCGCCCUCCAUUUGGCAAAUCUGACCAUAACUCUAUCCUCCUGAUUCCUGCUAACAAGCAAAAACUAAAGCAGGAAGCACCAGUGACUCGGUUAAUAAAAAAGUGGUCAGAUGACGCAGAUGCUAAGCUACAGGACUGUUUUGCUAGCACAGACUGGAACAUGUUCCGGGAUUCUUCAGAUAGCAUUGAGGAGUACUCCACAUCAGUCACUGGCUUCAUCAAUAAGUGCAUCGAUGACGUCGUCCCCACAGUGACCGUACGUACAUUCCCCAACCAGAAGCCAUGGAUUACAGGCAACAUCCGCACUGAGCUAAAGGGUAGAGCUGCCGCUUUCAAGGAGCGGGACUCUAACCCAGACGCUUAGAAGAAAUCCCGCUAUGCCCUCCGAUGAACCAUCAAACAGGCAAAGAGUCAAUACAGGACUAAGAUUGAAUUGUACUACACCAGUUCCGACGCUCGCCAGAUGUGGCAGGGCUUUAAAACUAUUACAGACUACAAAGGAAAGCACAGCUGCGAGCUUCCCAGUGACACAAGCCUACCAGAUGAGCUAAACCACUUCUAUGCUCGCUUCGAGGCAAGCAAAACUGAAGCAUGCAUGAGAGCACCAGCAGUUCCGGAUGACUAUGUGAUCACGCUCUCCGUAGCCGAUGUGAGUAAGACUUUUAAGCAGGUCAACAUUCACAAGGCCGCAGGGCCAGAUGGAUUACCAGGACGUGUACUCCGAGCAUGUGCUGACCAACUGGCAAGUGUCUUCACUGACAUUUUCAACAUGUCCCUGACUGAGUCUGGAAUACCAACAUGUUUCAAGCAGACCACCAUAGUCCCCGUGCCCAAGGACACUAAGAUAUACUGUCUAAAUGACUACCGACCCGUAGCACUGACGUCUGUAGCCAUGAAGUGCUUUGAAAGGCUGGUCAUACCGCCCCAACAGAUCCACAGAUGAUGCAAUCUCUAUUGCACCCCACACUGCCCUUUCCGACCUGGACAAGAGGAACACCUACGUGAGAAUGCUAUUCAUUGACUACAGCUCAGCGUUCAACACCAUAGUGCCCUCAAAGCUCCUCACUAAGCUAAGGAUCCUGGGACUAAACACCUCCCUCUGCAACUGGAUCCUGGACUUCCUGACGGGCCGCCCCCCAGGUGGUAAGGGUAGGUAACAACACAUCUGCCACGCUGAUCCUCAACACGGGGGCCCUCAGGGGUGCGUGCUCAGUCCCCUCCUGUACUCCCUGUUCACCCAUGACUGCAUGGCCAGGCACGACUCCAACACCAUCAUUAAGUUUGCCGACGACACAACAGUGGUAGGCCUGAUCACCGACAACGAUGAGACAGCCUAUAGGGAGGAGGUCAGAGACCUGGCCGUGUGAUGCCAGGAUAACAACCUCUCCCUCAAUGUGACCAAGACAAAGGAGAUGAUUGUGGACUACAGAAAAAAAAAAAGAGGACUGAGCACGCCCCCAUUCUCAUCGACGGGGCUGUAGAGGAACAGGUUGAGAGCUUCAAGUUCCUUGGUGUCCACAUCACCAACGAACUAUCAUGGUCCAAACACACCAAGACAGUCGUGAAGAGGGCACGACAAAGCCUUUUCCCCCUCAGGAGACUGAAAAGAUUUGGCAUGGGUCCUCAGAUCCUCAAAAAGUUAUACAGCUGCACCAUCGAGAGCAUCCUGACUGGUUGCAUCACCGCCUGGUAUGGCAACUGCUCAGCCUCCGACUGCAAGGCAAUACAGAGGGUAGUGCGUACGGCCCAGUACAUCACUGGGGCCAAGCUUCCUGCCAUCCAGGACCUCUAUACCAGGCGGUGUCAGAGGAAGGCCCUCAAAAUAGUCAAAGACUCCAGCCACCCUAGUCAUAGACUGUUCUCUCUGCUACCGCACAGCAAGCAGUACCGAAGCGCCAAGUCUAGGUCCAAAAGACUUCUCAACAGCUUCUACCCCCAAGCCAUAGGACUCCUGAACAGCUAAUCAUGGCUACCCAGACUACUUGCACUGCCCCCCCAACCCCACCCCAUCUUUUUACGCUGCUGCUACUCUGUUAAUUAUUUAUGCAUAGUCACUUUAACUCUACCCACGUGUACAUAUUACUUCAACUACCUCAACUAGCCGGUGCCCCUGCACAUUGACUCUGCACCGGUACCCCCCUGUAUAUAUAGCCUCCCUACUGUUAUUUUAUUUUACUUCUGCUCUUUUUUUUUCUCAACACUUUUGUUGUUGUUGUUGUUUUAUUGUACUUUUUUAUUAAGAAAUAAAUGCAUUGUUGGUUAAGGGCUGUAAGUAAGCAUUUCACGGUAAUGUCUACACCUGUUGUAUUCGGCGCAUGUGGCAAAUAAAAUUUGAUUUGAUUUUAACUCUACAUCAACAAUAGAUACUGAUAUAUUGAUGCAAAUAACGGGAAAAGUCCUCCUUUUUCCAUAUUCUCUCUCCUCUCUCUCCUUUUUCCCCUUCUUUCUUUCUUUCCUUCUCUUUCUCUCCUCUCUCUUCUCCCUCUCCCCUCUCUUCUCCUCUUCCUCUCUCUUCUCUCUUCCCCAGCCUCUUUCUAUGGCGAUGGCUAUGUGCAGCUGAAGGCAUGGGGGGCGUCAAACCCGUAACUCCGGGGUUUUGGCUUCGUACCCAGCCCCACGGCCUCUCUUCCUUGCUGCGGCCAACCGACUACCUUUAGUGGAGCGAACGCUGGUGCCGAGGUAGUUAUCAUAGCCUAGAGCCAAAACACACAAAAAUCAAAGCAGAAAAACCACCCCCACAAAACCAAAACACACAAAAAAACACCAAAAAAAAAAAACCCCCCCCCCCCCCCCCCCCACAAAAAACACACACAAAACACCCCAACACCACCACACACACACAACACACACACACACCCACCCAGAAGGCCCCAAACCAAACCAAAAAAGUCAGUCACUCAGCACAAUAAGAUAUGCAGACAGACAGGCAGACAGACCUAGAUAACUACCGCCCAAUUUCUAAACUAUCUUGCCUUGCAAAAAUAUUAGAAUCACUGGCAAACUCUCAGCUAAGAACUGUUUUUAACUUUCAAUUAUAUUCUUAAUGUGUACCAGUUGAUUUUAGCCGGUUCAGCUGCUACGCUUAUCUUAGAUGGUGUUAAAUUGCUCAAAUCAUAGGAAUCCCUGUGCUGCCAUAUACUGUAUAUAGGACCGAUCCAAGGCCUUUGAUACUGUCGACCAUCCCCUACUAAUAAUCUAAUCCUGAAUCAAAUUUUUUCAAUUUCUUAAAAAUUUUAGGGCCCUUUUGUAGCCCUUUAUUUUGGGGGUUUUUUAAUUUUUUUUGUUAUUUGGGGUUUUUGGGGGUCUUUUUGGCCGGGGGGGGCCCCAAAAGCAGCUUGCCGUUCUUGUUUGGGGGAAAAAUUGGCCCCUUAAAAGUUGUGUGGACUUGUUCCGUUUUUUUUGUUUGGGGGGGAUUGGCUUAGUUCUUUCCCCGUUUUUUUUGAGGUUUUUUUUUUAAAUGCAACCGAAAAUUUAGAUGCACUGAAACCCCGCUCGGGGGCCUUUAUUUAGCAGGGGGAAAUUCUUUUUAGUAGUAACUACACCCAGGACUAUUUUGGCCGGUGACAACAGACACUACACCCACUAAACAACAAGACACCUAACACCAGCCAUUUCUAUUUCCAAAAAUUUCGCACCUACUCACGUGAUUUUUCUUUCAGUUUGUAAUAAUGUUCAGUCGCUCCCCUGGUUAAUCAGACAUGGCAGCCGCUGCAAUCCAGAUAACCGUCCGCCCUCUUAAUACGUGCCUUGCCCCAUAUUACAACAUCACUUGGUCAAACCUCUUACUACGUUCUGUCACCUCUUUAAUCACGUGCCCUUGGUUCUUUACUUCAGCUGCGCUUUCGUCCCUCUUAAUCCGUUAGCUGUCCGUCCCUUCCAUCACGUCGCUGGUGCCCUCCUCAUUAUGCCCUGUCCAAGCCUUGACUUCGCCCCCUACUAUCAAGGCAGUCUGAAAUGGGCCGACCCUUGCGUCUUGCGAGUGGUUUGGAAACUAUCGUCAGAUAGGACACAUUUUUUCAUGCGGGUGUCGUUACCUUUUAUAAAGUGCCGAAGGGGCCCUUGGCCUUCCUCACUUACAUUAAUAAAACUAUCUGCAAAACACGUAGCCGUAGGCGGCCAGGCCGUACAUGACGUGGCUGCUACAGCUUCAAUCAGCUGACAAUUGUUCAAAUUCUUAAACUAUUCAGUGGCUUACUGUCACGCCCUAUGUGGUGUUAUUCUAGUAUGUGUGGAUCUAUGUUGGCCGGUGUGUGGUUCCCAAUCAGAGGCAGCUGUAGCUCGUUGUCUCUGAUUGGGGACCAUACUUAAGCAGCCUAUUGGCACCAGUCUAGUUGUGGGAUCUUGUUCCGUGUAAAAUAUGUUGUGUGUGCGCUACCUUGGACUUCACGUUUCGUUUCGUUUAUUGUUUUGUCGAGUGUUUAUUAAGUUAAAAUAAACAUGUAUGCAUAUCACGCUGCGCCUUGGUCCGUCCCGUCCUUCCACGAACGUGACACUUACACAUUUAUGCAUGGUUCUUUCAUCGAGCAGGUUCCUGCCUAUAAAUAUCUGGGCUUUUGGAUUUAUAAUAAUUUGACUUUUUAAAAACAUACGCUAGUUAAGAAGCUGAGAUUUAAAGUAGGUUUAAUUUAUAGAAAUUGAUCAUUUCUCACAGAUCAAUAGAUCGAUUAUAUUAUAGAUUGCUUCUCCCUGAACAGCAGGAGGCAGAUUGUACAGUCAACUUUCCUGCCAGUUCUUGACUAUGUUGACUCCAUUUACCAGAAUGCAGCAGCCACUCCUCUUAGACCUUUACAUGCCGUCUACCAUAGCGCCCUUCGUUUUAUCACAGGUGACAGUUUUAAUAUUCAUCACUGCGUCCUGUAUCAAAAGGUUGGCUGGUCCUCAUUAAAGUCCCAUAAAUCACUUCACUACUCCCUUUCUGUUUACAAAGCUCUACUACACAAGCUUCCGACCUACCUAACUUCGCUGUUAAAAUAUAAGAACAUUUUGAGAUACCAUAUCCGUUCACAGGGAAGGUUAACUCUUAAGAUUUCUCGGGUCUCCACCAAACUAGAUAAAUCCGCUUUUAGUUUUAACGCUCCACAUUUUUGGAAUCACUUACAAAAUUCAUUACAUUUGGAUUCCCUGGUGCCACUAGGGCAGUUUAAAACCCUGAUGAUAAAUGAGUUCACUGAGGUGUGCAAUUAUUUUGAUUGACCUCAGGGGUGCGUGCUCAGUCCCCUCCUGUACUCCCUGUUCACUCAUGACUGCAUGGCCAGGCAUGACUCCAACACCAUCAUUAAGUUUGCCGACGACACAACAGUGGUAGGCCUGAUCACCGACAACGACGAGACAGCCUAUAGGGAGGAGGUCAGAGACCUGGCAGUGUGGUGCCAGGACAACAACCUCUCCCUCAACGUGAUCAAGACAAAGGAGGUGAUUGUGGACUACAGGAAAAAGAAGAGGACCGAGUACGCCCCCAUUCUCAUCGACGGGGCUGUAGUGGAGCAGGUUGAGAGCUUCAAGUUCCUUGGUGUCCACAUCACCAACAAACUAACAUGGUCCAAGCACACCAAGACAGUCGUGAAGAGGGCACGACAAAACGUAUUCCCCUAAGGAGACUGAAAAGAUUUGGCAUGGGUCCUCAUAUCCUCAAAAGGUUCUACAGCUGCACCAUCGAGAGCAUCCUGACUGGUUGCAUCACUGCCUGGUAUGGCAACUGCUCGGCCUCCGACCGCAAGGCACUACAGAGGGUAGUGCGUACGGCCCAGUACAUCACUGGGGCCAAGCUUCCUGCCAUCCAGGACCUCUAUACCAGGCGGUGUCAGAGGAAGGCCCUAAAAUUUGUCAAAGACUCCAACCACCCUAGUCAUAGACUGUUCUCUCUGCUACCGCAUGGCAAGUGGUACCGGAGCGCCAAGUCUAGGUCCAAGAGGCUUCUAAACAGCUUCUAUCCCCAAGCCAUAAGACUCCUGAACAUCUAAUCCAGACUCCUGAACAUCUAAUCCAGACUCCUGAACAUCUAAUCCAGUACCCAGACUAUUUUACUCUGCUGCUACUCUCUGUUUAUUAUCUAUGCAUAGUCACUUUAAUAACUCUACCUACAUGUACAUAUUACCUCAAUUACCUCGACUAACCGGUGCCCCGGCACAUUGACUCGGUACCGGUAACCCCUGUAUAUAGCCUCGCUAUUGUUAAUUAUUCAUUACUUUUAUUUAUUUAUAUAUAUAUAUAUAUAUAUUAUUUUUUGGUAUUCAUUCUUAAACCUGCAUUGUUGGUUAAGGGCUUGUAAGGCAGCAUUUCACUGUAAGGUCUACACCUGUUGUAUUCAGCGCAUGUGACAAAUAACGUGAUUUGAUUUGACUUUAAUAAUUGGUUUAUGAUGGCUGUGAUGUUUGAUGUUCUAAUGUAAUGUAGUUGUUAUUGUAUCUUGUAGUUUUGUAUUUUAUUUUAUGUCCUCAGGGCACCAUUGGGCUGAUUAUAUUAAAGUUAAUAGGCAGACAGACAGACAGACAGACAGACAGACAGACAGACAGACAGACAGACAGACAGACAGAGAGACAGAAACCGGGAGGGAGGGAGGGAGGGAAGGAGGCAGGCAGACAGACAGACCGGGAGACAGGCAGACAGACCGUGAUGGACGCAGGCAGGUAGGCAGGCAGGCAGGCAGGCAGGCAGGCAGGCAGGCAGACAGACAGACAGACAGACAGACAGACAGACAGACAGACAGACGGUGCUUGUCACAGUGGCCCCCUCAGAGCAACUACAACUAGAAAUACAGUUGGUGAGGUUGUGACUGUAUAUUAAAGGUUGUGACUGUAUAUUAAAGGUGCUCCGCCAUUUUCUGGUUGCUAAAAUUCGAAUAGUUAGUCUAAUUUCAGUUUAUGUGACAAAACAAACAAGUAUACUGUGGAGAAUCAUUGUACCAUCUAAACUGCUGUGAAAUAUAAUUUCAAUAACCAAAAAUAUUGUAUUUUCAGCUGUUUGAAAGCUGGUGUACAAAACCGAAAGUAAGAGACACAAAAACGAAACUUAAGAACGGGAAGCAUAGAAAUACUGCACAUAGAACAAAACUAUGAAAUAACACACAUGGAAUCAUGUAGUUAACAAAAAAGUGUUAAACAAAUCAAAAUAUAUUUUAGAUUCUUCAAAGUAGCCAUCCUUUGCCUUGAUGACAGGUUUGCACGCGCUUGGCAUUCUCUCAACCAGCUUCAUGAGGUAGUCACCUGGAAUGCAUUUCAAUUAACAGGUGUGCCUUGUUAAUUUGUGGAAUUUAUUUCCUUCUUAAUGCGUUUGAGACAAUAAGUUGUGUUGUGACAAGGUAGGGGUGGUGUACAGAAGAUAGCCCUAUUUGGUAAAAGACCAAGUCCAUAUUAUUGGCAAGAACAGCUCAAAUAAGCAAAGAGAAAUGACAGUCCAUCAUUACUUUAAAACAUGGAGGUCAGUCAAUCCGGAAAAUCUCAAGAACUUUGAAAGUUUGUUCAAGUGCAGUCGCAAAAACCAACAAGCGCUAUGAUGAAACUGGCUCUCAUGAGGACUGCCACAGGAAAGGAAGACCCAGAGUUACCUCUGCUGCAAAGGAUAAGUUCAUUAGAGUUACCAGCCUCAGAAAUUGCAGCCCAAAUCUUCACAGAGUUCAAGUAACAGACACAUCUCAACAUCAACUGUUCAGAGGAGACUGCGUGAAUCAGGCCUUCAUGGUCGAAUUGCUGCAAAGAAACCACUACUAAAGGACACCAAUAAGAAGAAGAGACUUGCUUGGGCCAAGAAACACAAGCAAUGGACAUUAGACCGGUGGAAAUCUGUCCUUUGGUCUGAUGAGUCUGAAUUUGAGAUUUUUGGUUCCAACCGCCGUGUCUUUGUGAGACGCAGAGUAGGUGAACGGAUGAUCUCCGCAUGUGUGGUUCCCACCGUGAAGCAUGGAGGAGGAGGUGUGAUGGUGCUUUGCUGGUGAAACUGUCAGGGAUUUAUUUAGAAUUCAAGGCACACUUAACCAGCAUGGCUACCACAGCAUUCUACAGCAAUAAACCAUUCCAUCUGGUUUGGGCUUAGUGGGACUAUCAUUUGUUUUUCAACAGGACAAUGACCCAACACACCUCCAGGUUGUGUAAGGGCCUAUUUUACCAAGAAGGAGAGUGAUUGAGUGCUGCAUCAGAUGACCUGGCCUCCACAAUCCCCCGACCUCAAUCCAAUUGAGAUGGUUUGGGAUGAGUCGUACCACAGAGUGAAGGAAAAGCAGCCAACAAGUGCUCAGCAUAUGUGGGAACUCCUUCAAGACUGUUGGAAAAGCAUUCCAGGUGAAGCUGGUUGAGAGAAUGCCAAGAGUGUGCAAAGCUGUCAUCAAGGCAAAGGGUGGCUAUUUGAAGAUUCUCAAAUAUAAAAUAUACUUUGAUUUGUUUAACACUUUUUUGUUUACUACAUGAUUCCAUAUGUGUUAUUUCAUAGUUUUGUUGUCUUCACUUCACUAUUAUUCUACAAUGUAAAAAAUAGUCAAAAUAAAGAAAAACCCUUGAAUGAGUAGGUGUGUCCAAACCUUUGACUGGUAGUGUAUGUUUUUUUUUGAAAAGCUGGAAUGUCUUGAGUCAAUAAGUAUUCAAUCCCUUUGUUAUGUCAAGCCUAAAUAUGUACAGGAGUAAAAAUGUGCUUAACAAGUCACAUAAUAAAUGGCAUGGACUCACUCUGUGUUUAUCGUGAGUUUUGAAAGACUUCCUCAACUCUGUACCCCACACAUACAAUUAUCUGUAAGGUCCCUCAGUCGAGCAGUGAAUUUCAAACACACAUUCAACCUCAAAGACCAGGGAGGUUUUCCAAUGCCUCGCAAGGAAGGGCACAUAUAAAAUACAAAUAAAAGAGGAAGGAGAGGAAGGAAAAUGAGGCCAAUGGUGACUUUAAAACAGUUACAGAGUUUAAUGGAGCGGCAGGUGGCUUAGUGGUUAAGAGCGUUGUGCCAGUAACCGAAAGGUCGCUGGUUCUAAUCCCCGAGCCGACUAGGUGAAAAAUCUGUCGAUAUGCCCUUGAGCAAGGCACUUAACCCGAAUUGCUCCUGUAAGUCGCUCUGGAUAAGAGCGUCUGCUAAAUGACUAAAAUGUAAAUGUAAUGGCUGUGAUAGGAGAAAACUGAGGAUGGAUCAACAACAUUGUAGUUACACCACAAUAAUAACCUAAUGGACAAAGUGAAAAGAAGGAAGCCUGUACAGAAUAAAAAUAUUUCAAAACAUGCAUCCUUUUUGCAACAACACACUAAAGUAAUACUGCAAAAAGUGUGGCAAAGCAAUUAACUUUUUGUCCUGAAUACAAAGUGUUAUGCUUGGGGCAAAUCCAAUACAACACAUUACUGAGUACCACUCUCCAUAUUUUCAAGCAUGGUGGUGGCUGCAUCAUGUUAUGGGUAUGCUUGUAAUCGUUAAGGACUGGGGAGUUUUUCGGGAUAAAAAAGAAAUGGAAUGGAGCUAAGCACAGGCAAAAUCCUACAGAAAGACCUGGUUCAAUCUAACACACAAAGCCACAUCUACAGUGGAGUUGCUUACCAAGAAGACAGUGAAUGUUCCUGAGUGGCCAAGUUACAGUUUUGACCUAAAUCUACUUGAAAAUCUAUGGCAAGACUUGAAAAUGGCUGUCUAGCAAUGAUCAACAACCAAUUUGACAAACCUUGAAGAAUUUAGAAAAGAAUAAUUGGCAGAUAUUGUACAAUGCAGGUUUGGAAAGCUCUUAGAGACUUACCCAGAAAGAAUCACAGCUGUAAUCGCCGUCGAAGGUGCUUCUACAAAGUAUUGACUCAAGGGUGUGAACAAUUAUGUAAAUCAGACAUGUCUGUAUUUCAAUACAUUUUCAAAAAAUGUUUAAAAACAUGUUUUCACUUUGUCAUUAUGGGGAAUUGUAACAACAACAAAAUGUGGAAUAAUUUAAGAGGUAUGAAUUCUUUCUGAAGGCACUGAAGUACUCCUGUUAAUGAACUGGAACCUAGUUUCUGUUUCUGGUUUAUAUUACCGCAAACUACAAAACGUAAAUUAUACUGGCUUUGUCAUUUUUUCAAUAAGACAUAGAGGAACACAGCAGUUUCUGGUUUAUGUUACUGUCCUGCAAUCUCUGUUAUGGUUUAAAAUAGAGCCCACCUCGAAAGUCUUAGCUCGUGUUGUAGGUUAUGUUCCAGGUGGUCCUGGCCUCACUGUUUCUGGGCCAGGGGGCAUGAGCUGUGCUGCGCUGACAGAAAUAACUCAAAUUAAUUUGUCGCUUGAAGACUUGGGUUAAAAGUUAGCUUCUCACUAAGGUUUUGCGAUGAAAUCGCCAAAACAAGUGAGGAGACAGAUAGACUUUGUUGUGAAAACAGUCAGACGUGUUCAACAGAAAGAAAACGUUGGUUUCCCGGAAAAAAUAUGUUACAACGUCACUAUCACCCCAUGAGAAAUCCUUGCUACUGAAAAAGUUCUCCCCCCCGGGGCUACAAUUUUAUUUUCGUGUUGGGGAGUGAAAUGUGAAAUGGGCUGAUGAUUGCACUGCGUGGGUUUCUGUUGAGUGUGAGGAGCGAGAAAACUGGAUGGAAACUGCUCAUCCUUACCCCUUCUUAAAACAACUUUAGGAACAAAACAAAUUCACAAAAGUUUAUUUUCCUCUCUCAUCUUGUCCUCAGGCUUGAGGUCUCUUUCCGAAUGAAUCCGGUUAGAGAUUAGCACUGCUGUUGUGUUGUCUUGAAACCCUGCCUGUAUAGCUGGGACUCAGCAGCAAGCCUUGACAGGCCAUUUCCUCCCGAUGCAGAGCUCCACAGAGACGGGGCCUGCGGCCCAAAUGGGACCCUAUUCCCUAUAUAUAGUGGGCUCUGGUCAAAAGUAGUGCACUAAGUAGGGAACAGGGUGUCAUUUGGGACGCAGGCCUGCUUGCACAGAGACAGCGACAGUGGUAGCACAGCUGAAGGCAGAAAGAUAGUAGGGUUCUUCCUUGAGGGAAACAAAGCUCUCUGUUUUAACGGCAGGUGACAUCAUAAAUAGGACAUUUAUUCAUGAUAACAUCAUGAUAACAAGUGUCAGUGUGGUUAUUCCCUAUAUCCAGGUGAUGCUGAGAAUGUCUCUUUAAAAAAAAAAAAAAAUAACUCUGAUGGGAUAUACAGUAACUAAAAUUGGAAUAUGUUCUUAUUUAAAUGCUGAGAAAUGAAUAGAACCGAAAUGAAAAGGGAUAUUUUUUCUCACUAGAAUAUAAAUAUGACUAAAUAGUAAUGUAGUUAUGCAAUAUAAGUGACAGUGAUGAAACACAAUGUGUAUCUGGCUCAGUGGAGUUGUGUUAUUCAGUCUUGGUCUAGUAAUUCCAAUUGGUUACGAUUAGGCUUAGCGGUUGGGUUAGGGUUUGACAGUAAAUGUAAUCGUUUAAGUUUAAAAGUCCAGUUUAACAGCGAGAUCGAAUUUGAAUCAAGUCUCUUCUUCCCUUCCCUUCCUCUGUUCAGGUGAAGCUGGACCUGGGGUCUGGUGAACGGUUGCUGAGAUCAGAGACCAGCCUCCAACUAAACGACCUGGCGUGGCACACUGUUGAGCUCCUCCACGACCGCCACAAUGUCACCCUGACCGUGGACCAGCACUCCCUCACCAGCCUCAGGAUGCCCGGCCACGGAUCUCAGAAGCAGGAGCUCACCAUCCAGGACGGGCUGUACGUCGGCGGGUCUGGAGGCCUGGACAAGCUCUACCUACCCAAUGACCUAACAGGAUUCAGGGGCUGCAUGGACAAGGCUGUCUUCAACGAGAACGAUAUGUUAUCGUCAUUGAGACCGUACGCUGGAUUUAAGAGUGUCUAUGAGGUUUCUUUGGGCUGUAGUCCCCAGUUCUUUGCCGGCGAGGAGGAUCCUGUUAGUUUCUUUAGUUCAAGAGCGUAUGUCUCCCUGCCACCCUGGAACAUCUCCCACAACCAGCAGGAGGCGCUGUUUGAGUGUGUGGUUCACACCUCGGCUAAAGAAGGGAUUGUCUUGUACAACUCGGCCAGACAGGGGGACUUUGUGGCAGUUGAGAUCCAAGAGGGGCUGCUGGUGGCCAUCGUGGGUAAAGGAGGCACCAAGACGGAACUUAAAUCCCUCACCUUUGUCAAUGACAGGAACUGGCAUUCAGUGAAGCUGUUCUUUACCCCCAAGACCCUCCAGCUGACAGUGGACGAGGAGACGGUGAAGACUAGCAUCAGCUCUCGCUCCAAGGGACUCCAGCUGAGAGGGUCGCUGUUUGUGGGGGGCAUUGAUGACAGCACACGCUCAGAAGUCAGGAAGAUGGGUCUAGUGUCUGUGUUGGGAAAGAGAGUCAGAGGAGGUUCUUUUAAGGGCUGUCUGAAGGACAUGAAAGUCAAUGGGGUCAUGAUGGGUCUGCCCAAUGCUGUAGUCACUAAAGAUAUCUCGGUGGGCUGCGAACCGGAGAAAGAACCAGAGCCCUCGACCACGAUGGGUCCAACUACUAUCCCAACUGUCCCCAAGUCCUGGUUCGAUCCCACUUCGGUCACCCCCACCCCAGAAUUCCCUAUGUUCACUCUGGCCAGGGGGCUGGACAAGAGGUACGGGGACAACUUCGUGCUGCUCAGGAACCUUGUAAUCCCAGAGGGCGGGCGUGGGUCUCUAGAGUCCAAGCACAUCAAGGUUCUCCUGGACUUCAAGAAGCUCGGGGUACGCCAGUCUCAGAUCAUGUUCCGGAUCCAGGAGCAGCCGGUGCACGGUCAGAUACGACUGGAUGUGGACCAGGACCAAGAGGAGAACAUCUUCAGCAUGCUGGACCUGUGGCACGGCAGGGUGAUGUACAUCCACGGAGGAUCAGAAGACCCAGAAGACUUUUUCACCUUCUCUAUCUUCUCUUCCUCCAGGAAGGAGGUUCCAACAUACCUGAAGGGGACGAGAAGGUACCGCUACAACAUCACAGUGACCCCAACCAAUGACGCCCCAGAGCUCAGCCUGCCCCAGGGGAACCUCUUUGUCCUGCUGGAGAAUUCUAGAAAACUCCUAACCAAAGAGGUGUUGAAGGCCACAGACAUUGACAGCAACCACACGGACCUGGUCUUCUCCAUCCUGGGGAACCUGAACGCCGACGCAGGUUACCUGGAGGUGGCAGAUAACCCCGACACCGCAGUGACCACAUUCUCCCAUUCUGAUCUGGAGGAAGGGAAGGUGAACUAUGUCCACACUGGGGUGAGGAACUCCAGGAUUGUGCUGAGGGUCAGUGAUGGAGAUAAGGUGAGCAACACGGUGGUUCUGAGGAUCAUGGCCGUAGGGCUGGAGUAUAAGAUCGCCAACAACACUGGGCUUGAAAUCACUCAAGGUGAGGUGGCUGUGAUCAGUAACAAGCAACUGGCCAUUCAGACCAAUGCCGUGAAGCAAGUGGUGGACAUCCGAUAUGAUGUUGUCGAGCCCCCUCAGUAUGGGGAGCUUCAGAGGCUUCACUCCAGUGGAGAAUGGAAGCCCACCGGUUCUUUCUCUCAAAGGCUGCUGGAGAAAGAACGCCUUCGGUACAUCAGCACUUUCCAAGAAAUCCAGAAUGCCAAUGCUACGGAUUACUUCAAAUGCAAGGUCACUGUAGCAGGAAGAGUCAAUACUGAGCUGGUCUUUCCAGUCACAGUGAAGUGGGUACAUUAUAACCUAGUCAGGAACAUAAUGGCCGAUAUUGAUAAAGUUCGGAAAGUUACGUUGGGCUCACAGUAUCUUUAUGCCACAGUGGACUUUGUGACACUAUCCGAGGAUGAUCUUCACUUCAGAGUUCUCUCCUCGCCGAAGAAAGGAAAACUUCUGCUUGUUAACGAGUUACUGAAUAAAAAUUCAACUUUCAGCCAAAGAAAUGUCACUGAUCUAAAGGUACAAUACGAACUGGUCGACAGACCAUACGAAGACACAAGUGACACGUUUCAAUUCCAAGUGUUCUCCAAGCAUGCUCAAUCACAAAGUUACGAUUUCCAGAUCUCAAUAAAAGCUGACGUCAACAGCGUAUUUAUAAGAAAUGACAAACUAUCUAUAAUGGAGGGAGAGAGUAAACUCAUCACAAAAGACGAGUUGUUCGCGGAGACUCUCAGCACCAAGGAGAUGUACUACACUAUCACAAGUAGCCCCAAACACGGGAAGCUAGCACGCAUCAACCUGUCCAACUCUAACACCAGUUACAACAACAUCCGAACGUUCAGCAACAAGGAUCUCUUGGAGGAGCGCGUCAUGUACAUCCACGACGACACAGAGACCACUCAGGAUCAGUUCACAUUCAUAGCCUCCACUAGUCUGGAGUUCAAAUCAUCCGUCACGGACGACGAAGUCGGAUCCAAAGAAGGGACGUUCAACAUAUCCAUCCAGCUAGUUAAUGACGAGAAGCCGGUGCGCGUUGUCGAUAAAGUUUUCCACGUGGUGAGGGACGGGCAGCGGUUGCUAACUCUGGACGAUCUCUGUUACCAUGACGCAGACUCGGACUUCAGCGACGGGCAGUUGGUCUACACGCGACGGGGAAUCCCGAUGGGAGACCUGGUUCUGGUGAACGACACCUCUCACAGGUACUUUCUGUUUUGUUUUUGUACAUGUUAAUGAUAUAAUGUAUUAUGACUGAGUGGUCCACAAUGUUGUUUUUAGUCUUUGAUAUGUCUUGUCAAUUGGCUGGAUGAGGAGGCUAGGCUCUGUACCUUUAAGACCACCUGGUGUGUUGUGGGUUGUGGACUACAGGGUUUUCAAACCUCUCCUCUGGGACCCCCAGACGUUCCAUGUAUUUUAUCUAUUCCACAGCUAGCACACCUGAUUCAACCUGUCAACUAAUCAUCAAGCCCUUGAAUAGGUGAAUCAGGAGAACUCAGCAGGGCUACAACAAAUUACUGUGAACCGUCUGGACGUCCCAGAAGAGAGCUUUGAAAACCACUGGACCACUGUUGGUUUGUUGUAUUGUGGAGUGAUACUUUAUUAAACUUUCCUAACUCUGACCUCCAGGUUGUUCCAGUUCACCCAGAAGGAGCUGGAAGAGAAGAGGGUGUUGUUCCUCCAUCGAGGCGUGAGCUCCGGACGCUUCGUGCUCUUCGUGUCCGACGGGAAACACUUAGUCUCCACUCUGCUGGAGGUCAACGCCCACGACCCUUUCCUGAGACUCGGCAACAACACAGGUAUGUGUGUAUGUGUAUAUAUUUAAUAUGUUGUAUGCACAGUAUUUUCCAAUUUAUCCUUCACUAAAGCCCCGCCCCACUUGGUUACUGUUGCAACCUCGGACAACAUUUUCCCGGGAAGCCCAAUUCCCCAUUCAACCACUGGCAAAAUCCCCUCACAAUGAUCUCAAACUGUUUCUAAUACACAAUGAAAAUGAACACAGACUACCCCUUGCUAAUCAGAAACUCUUGGGUAUGUUGUCAUUACAAUUUCUUCACGGGAACCUGGUAAAAUUAUAUUUGGAGUGUAGCUAGACACUGAAUGGCUCUGAAGUCAAAAGCUAUAACCACUUCUGGAGCUAACUAGUGCUCUCAACUCGUAUCCUGAUGUCGACAGCAGAUGGGAGUUGUAUUCAUAACAUAGCUAACUUAGCUAGCAAACAUACAUUCUGAGAAAACAAGUUAUAUUAAGUGGCUUGCUAGCUAGCUUUAGCAACAAUUUGAUGGUCAAUGAGACUGAGAGCUAGCUAACCAGCUGAGCUAGCAAACGUAAAAUGUAACAAUAGUAACAUUUUGGAUUUGAAAAAUACUCCAUCAACAGGCUCUGCAUUUCAGAAGUACUCCAGGUGCACUGUUCUAUUAUUUAGCCAUUUUUUUUUUUUGAAGGAAACUCUCAGUUGUUGCCAUAGCCCUCACUGGCUUUCAUGAGAUUUAAACUUGAGCUGUCGGACUCGAUGACAGUUGUUAUCUGUUGGAGUGUUGCGAUUGGUUGCCCAAAAUUCUGCAGUGGGGCUUAGCGAAGAGUCAAUUGAAUCGUUACGUAAAGUGCCUUUGCAGUGUCCAAUGUAUAGUCAGUCUUGCGCAAGCUGUCCAUUAUUUUGCCCUUGUGUGAACGAAGGGUUUUUUUCUGCUACGAUUGAUUGUUUUCAUCCUCAAUAAUUGUUUAUGUCUGUGGCAACUCUAUGUAUUUUCAUUCAUUCAUUUGUUAAUUCAUCCAUCCAUUCAUUCAUUAAUACAUUAAUUCAUCCAUUAAUUAAUUAAUUCAUCCAUUCACAGGUCUGUUGGUCCAGAAGGGAAAGGAAGUGACCGUAACCACCGGUAACUUCAGCAUCCUCACAAACCUCAAUGUCCGUGAUGACAGCGAGGUCACCUACGAGGUGUCCGAGCCUCCUAGGAAUGGCUGGCUGUAUCGCCACGGAAACAUCUCAAUGGAGUUGUUUACACAGCACGACCUGAAGAAGGGCCUUGUCUCGUAUCGCCACGAUGACGGCAAGAACCUGGCGGACUGGUUCAGUGUGACGGUUAAGGUUAAAGGUCACGUUCUGAAUGCCAGAAUCAACGUUAAGGUUUACUUGGAGAGCCAUCAGAGGCCCCCUAUCCUCCAGCACAACAACACCUUAUUGGUGGAGGAGAGCAAGCCUGUGAAGAUUGACGAGAGUAGACUGGAGGUAUGUAUGUUGUCUGGGUUGGGGAUGGACGGAUGAUUGGAUGGAUGGAUGGAUACAGUGAGGGGAAAAAAGUAUUUGAUCCCCUGCUGAUUUUGUACGUUUGCCCACUGACAAAGACAUGAUCAGUCUAUAAUUUUAAUGGUAGGUUUAUUUGAACAGUGAGAGACAGAAUAACAACAACAAAAAUCCAGAAAGAACGCAUGUCAAAAAUGUUAUAAAUUGAUUUACAUUUUAAUGAGGGAAAUAAGUAUUUGACCCCCCCUCUCAAUCAGAAAGAUUUCUGGCUCCCAGGUGUCUUGGUGUCAAUUGGUAACACACUAGGACUGAAAUCCUGCAGCGCCCGCAAGGUCCCCCUGCUCAAGAAAGCACAUAUACAUACCCAUCUGAAGUUUGCCAAUGAACAUCUGAAUGAUUCAGAGGAGAACUGGGUGAAAGCGUUGUGGUCAGAUGAGACCAAAAUGCAGCUCUUUGGCAUCAACUCAACUCGCCGUGUUUGGAGGAGGAGGAAUGCUGCCUAUGACCCCAAGAACACCAUCCCCACCGUCAAACAUGGAGGUGGAAACAUUAUGCUUUGGGGGUGUUUUUCUGCUAAGGGGACAGGACAACUUCACCGCAUCAAAGGGACGAUGGACGGGGCCAUGUACCGUCAAAUCUUGGGUGAGAACCUCCUUCCCUCAGCCAGGGCAUUGAAAAUGGGUCGUGGAUGGGUAUUCCAGCAUGACAAUGACCCAAAACACACGGCCAGGAGUGGCUUAAGAAGAAGCACAUUAAGGUCCUGGAGUGGCCUAGCCAGUCUCCAGACCUUAAUCCCAUAGAAAAUCUGUGGAGGGAGCUGAAAGUUCGAGUUGCCAAACGUCAGCCUCGAAACCUUAAUGACUUGGAGAAGAUCUGCAAAGAGGAGUGGAACAAAAUCCCUCCUGAGAUGUGUGCAAACCUGGUGGCCAACUACAAGAAACGUCUGACCUGUGUGAUUGCCAACAAGGGUUUUGCCACCAAGUACUAAGUCAUAUGUUUUGCAGAGGGGUCAAAUACUUAUUUCCCUCAUUAAAAUGCAUAUCAAUUUAUAACAUUUUUGACAUGCGUUUAUCUGGAUUUUUUUGUUGCUAUUCUGUCUCUCACUGUUCAAAUAAACCUACCAUUAAAAUUAUAGACUGAUCAUGUCUUUGUCAGUUGGCAAACGUACAAAAUCAGCAGGGGAUCAAAUACCCUAUUUCCCUCACUGUAAAUUAUUGAUUGUAUGGAUGAAUGAAUGAUUGUAUGGAUGGGUGGAUGAAUGGCUGAAUGAUUGCAUGGAUGAAUGGAUGGAUGAAUUAUUGAUUGACUGGAUGGAUGAAUGAAUGGAUGAAUGAUUGGAUGGAUGAGUGGCUGGAUGGAUGAUUUAUUGAUUGGAUGGAUGGAUGAAUGAUUGGAUGGGUGAAUGAAUUCAUGAAUGAAUAAGUAACUGGGUUGGGAUGGGAUGUGGUAGUGAUUGACGUAGAUUAGAAUAUAUUUGUGUAUUGUUUAGCAUAUUUCUACACAGAUUGAUCAUUUGAUAUUUGCGUAUGUCAGUAUUAGUUCAAGUUCUUCAGUAUGACAUUUAUUCUAACUCCUGAGCUUGAGUCAAGUCGAGUAACACGUCAAACUUGAAACAUGAUGCCAAGUGACACACCAAACAUUAACUAACCAGUUUAGACAUCAAACAUCUCAGAGGUCAAAAAGGCACCGUAUUCCCUAUGGGGCCUUGGUCUAAAGUAGUGCACUAUAUAGGGAAUAGGGUGCCAUUCUCUGGUCUAAAGUAGUGCACUAUAUAGGGAAUAGGGUGCCAUUCUCUGGUCUAAAGUAGUGCACUAUAUAGGGAAUAGGGUGCCAUUCUCUGGUCUAAAGUAGUGCACUAUAUAGGGAAUAGGGUGCCAUUCUCUGAUCUAAAGUAGUGCACUAUAUAGGGAAUAGGGUGCCAUUCUCUGGUCUAAAGUAGUGCACUAUAUAGGGAAUAGGGUGCUCUGGUCUUAAGUAGUGCACUAUAUAGGGAAUAGGGUGCCAUUUGGAACGCAACCAGACUUGACAGUAUAAGCCUCUGUCCACUGUAUCUAGCCUCCAACCUCUGCCUGUCUGUCUGCCUGCCUGCCUGCCUGCCUGUCUGUCUGUCUGUCUGUCUGUCUGUCUGUCUGUCUGUCUGUCUGUCUGUCUGUCUGUCUGUCUGUCUGUCUGUCUGUUCCAGGUGACCCACGAGGACAACCUGCCGUCUGAGAUUGUAUUUACAGUGAAGGUGGCUCCACUACACGGGUUCCUGCGGUGCUUCGUGGAGGCUGAGGAGCAGUAUGUUGGAACUGAACAGACCCCUGUCCAGACCUUCUCCCAGGAAGACGUCAACGCUGGCAACGUCCAGUACAUGCAGACAGCCCCCGGCCAGGUCUGUUGGACUUGUCUUUUUGUCCUUCUGUAUUUGGACUUGAGACAGAAAGACAGGAAAGUAAAGAAGACAAUGUGGGAAGGGUGAGGGCUGACAUGCAGACAGACAGACCCUGGCCAGGUCUUCCACUAACAAGACAGACAGACAGACCCUGGCCAGGUCUUCCACCAACAAGACAGACAGACAGACCCUGGCCAGGUCUUCCACUAACAAGACAGGCAUACAGACAGACAGACCCUGGCCAGGUCUCCCACUAACAAGACAGGCAUACAGACAGACAGACCCUGGCCAGGUCUUCCACCAACAAGACAGACAGACAGACCCUGGCCAGGUCUCCCACUAACAAGACAGACAGACAGACCCUGGCCAGGUCUUCCACCAACAAGACAGACAGACAGACCCUGGCCUGGUCUUCCACCAACAAGACAGGCAUACAGACAGACAGACCCUGUCCAGGUCUCCCACUAACAAGACAGGCAUACAGACAGACAGACCCUGUCCAGGUCUUCCACCAACAAGACAGACAUACAGACCCUGGCCAGGUCUUCCACCAAAAAAGAGACAGGAAGUAGGGAUGGCGGUGUGUGUUAGAAGGGUGAGGGCACUACCCAUUAGACUAGACCAGACUACCCCAGGCCACUGCACUGGUCUUUACAGGGUUGGGGUCAAUUCCAGUCAACUCAGAAAGUAAACAAAAUUCCAAUUGUUCUUAAUUAAAAAGCAUUGAAGAGAAUUAUAAUUGUAAUUUCAGUGUAUUUCCUGAAUUGACUGGAAUUUUAAAGGACUGGUAAAUGAGUAAAAGGUCAAAGUAAAACUCUCUUCUUCCUGUUUAGGUCAAUGACACAUUCCUAUUGGACGUCUCCAACGGUGUCACAGAGGUCAACAGUAUCAGGAUGUCCGUGGACAUAAUCCCCCGCCUCAUCCCUCUCCAGGUAUUCUUGUUGUUAUUGUUGUAGAAUUAUUGUGCUAUCAUACAUUUUAUGUACGUUUGUAAAUUGGUGUAUAAUUCAUCCAUACCACUACAGGUGUCCAAUUUCACCCUGAGAGAGGGCGGGUCCAAGGCCUUGACCCAGGAAGUGCUCAGGGUCACCAACCGACACUUCUCUGGCCUCAACUUCCAAUAUAUUCUGACUGAGCCGCCACAGAACGGAUACAUAGAACAUUCACGUAACCCCGGUGCUCCUGUGCUGUCUUUCACCAGACGCCAGGUAAUGCUCUGUUGUUCUCUCUUUCUGUCAUGUUGAACAAGGAGACAUUCAAAUACUGUAAAUUGUAAUUCUCCAAUGAUUUUACAUAUUUCGAUUGUUUUAGCGAAUGAUAUCAGACAAGAAAAUAUAUUUACACACAACCUAAAAAAAAACAAUAAUAUAUGAGUACUUCAGGAUCCUUGGUUUAGUUUAGAUGAUCUGGAGUGAUCAAUCUAAUACCACAUUAUAAGCAAUUCAUAGACACUUAUAACAAGUCUUAUAAUGCGUUAUGACAGCUUCAUAAUGCAUUAUACCUGUAUGCCUUAAGUAAAAUGUUACCUCUAACUUCUUCACCUCGUGAUUUUUCAUAGACACUCAAAGACACCUUACAUUAAUAUACACCUUACUGUAUAUAUAUUUUCUGUUGUAUUUUUUGACUUUAUGUUUUGUUUUACCCCAUAUGUAACUCUGUGUUGUUGUUGUUUUUAUCGCACUGCUUUGCUUUAUCUUGGCCAGGUCGCAGUUGUAAAUGAGAACUUGUUCUCAACUGGCUUACCUGGUUAAAUAAAGGUGAAAUAAAAAAUAAAUACAAUUAAAUAAAAAUAACAUUAAAAUCAAAGUUUCUAACUCCAUUUUGACCCUCAUGCCCCUCAAGGUGGAGCAGGAGUUAAUCUACUACAUCCAUGACAGCAGUGAGACGUUAGAAGACAACUUCACUGUGGUGGCCAACGACACAGGCCUGAGGAAGCAGAGCUCUCCCUGCACCGCGUACAUCCAGGUCACAGCCGUCAACGACCAGCCUCCAGUCAUCACUGCCAACCGGGUGCUCAGGGUGAGUCCUCCAGUCAUCACUGACCAACACGGUCCUCAGGGUGAGUCCUCCAGUCAUCACUGACCAACACGGUCCUCAGGGUGAGUCCUCCAGUCAUCACUGACCAACAGGGUCCUCAGGGUGAGUCCUCCAGUCAUCACAGACCAACACGGUUCUCAGGGUGAGUCCUCCAGUCAUCACAGACCAACAGGGUCCUCAGGGUGAGUCCUCCAGUCAUCACAGACCAACAGGGUCCUCAGGGUGAGUCCUCCAGUCAUCACAGACCAACAGGGUCCUCAGGGUGAGUCCUCCAGUCAUCACAGACCAACACGGUCCUCAGGGUGAGUCCUCCAGUCAUCACAGACCAACACGGUCCUCAGGGUGAGUCCUCCAGUCAUCACAGACCAACACGGUCCUCAGGGUGAGUCCUCCAGUCAUCACUGACCAACAGGGUCCUCAGGGUGAGUCCUCCAGUCAUCACAGACCAACACGGUCCUCAGGGUGAGUCCUCCAGUCAUCACUGACCAACAGGGUCCUCAGGGUGAGUCCUCCAGUCAUCACAGACCAACACGGUCCUCAGGGUGAGUCCUCCAGUCAUCACUGACCAACACGGUCCUCAGGGUGAGUCCUCCAGUCAUCACUGACCAACACGGUCCUCAGGGUGAGUCCUCCAGUCAUCACUGACCAACAGGGUCCUCAGGGUGAGUCCUCCAGUCAUCACAGACCAACAGGGUCCUCAGGGUGAGUCCUCCAGUCAUCACAGACCAACACGGUCCUCAGGGUGAGUCCUCCAGUCAUCACAGACCAACACGGUCCUCAGGGUGAGUCCUCCAGUCAUCACAGACCAACAGGGUCCUCAGGGUGAGUCCUCCAGUCAUCACAGACCAACAGGGUCCUCAGGGUGAGUCCUCCAGUCAUCACAGACCAACACGGUCCUCAGGGUGAGUCCUCCAGUCAUCACAGACCAACACGGUCCUCAGGGUGAGUCCUCCAGUCAUCACAGACCAACAGGGUCCUCAGGGUGAGUCCUCCAGUCAUCACAGACCAACACGGUCCUCAGGGUGAGUCCUCCAGUCAUCACAGACCAACACGGUCCUCAGGGUGAGUCCUCCAGUCAUCACUGCCGACAGGGUUCUCAGGGUGAGUCCUCCAGUCAUCACUGCCAACAGGGUCCUCAGGGUGAGUCCUCCAGUCAUCACUGACCAACACGGUCCUCAGGGUGAGUCCUCCAGUCAUCACUGACCAACAGGGUCCUCAGGGUGAGUCCUCCAGUCAUCACAGACCAACACGGUCCUCAGGGUGAGUCCUCCAGUCAUCACAGACCAACACGGUCCUCAGGGUGAGUGGUGUGAGAUGAUCGGGAUAUAUUUAGUCAACCCUGGCUGUGUCUCGAAUGGCACUCUAUUCCAUACAUAGUGCACUACUUUUGACCAGAGCCCUAUGUCUAAAGUAGUGCACUAUAUAGGGAAUAGGGUGCCAUUCUCUGGUCUAAAGUAGUGCACUAUAUAGGGAAUAGGGUGCCAUUCUCUGGUCUAAAGUAGUGCACUAUAUAGGGAAUAGGGUGCCAUUCUCUGGUCUAAAGUAGUGCACUAUAUAGGGAAUAGGGUGCCAUUCUCUGGUCUAAAGUAGUGCACUAUAUAGGGAAUAGGGUGCCCUUUGGGAUGCGGCCUGACUGGCGGCUGGGUGGCUCUGGCAGUUCGUCUCUGGCACCGAGUCAACGUUCAUUCAAUAUGCUUCAUGAUGUGGGCAGGCAGGCAGUGUUGGGACUGGGCUGGGGGAGGCUAAGGCUGGCUGGGGGAGGCUAAGGCUGGCUGGGGGAGGCUAAGGCUGGCUGGGGGAGGCUAAGGCUGGCUGGGGGGAGGCUAAGGCUGGCUGGGGGAGGCUAAGGCUGGCUGGGGGAGGCUAGGCUGGCUGGGGGAGGCUAAGGCUGGCUGGGGGAGGCUAAGGCUGGCUGGGGGAGGCUAAGGCUGGCUGGGGGAGGCUAAGGCUGGCUGGGGGAGGCUAAGGCUGGCUGGGGGAGGCUAAGGCUGGCUGGGGGAGGCUAAGGCUGGCUGGGGGAGGCUAGUGGUAAGGUAUGCCAGCUAUGUGGAGGAGGAUCCCAAAACAGACUGUCUGUGAUGCCCAGCAGCUUUCUUACUCAUUGGGAAGACAACAUUGUAAAAGGAUAGUGCAGUGAACUGGAAUAAGUCUAUUUAAAGGUUGGGAAAUGGAAACAGUCGUGUUGCUAUUUGAAUCAAGGAGGUGACUAGUAGACGAGAUCAUCUGGAGCAUAAAUAACGGAGUUUCAGUUAAAUUAGUUGUGGAGUUUAACUUCCGGAAGAGAGUGCAGUUGAAAUAGUCCAAUGGAAAUGAACCCGAUAAAAUAAACGACAUAUCAACAGUCUAGGUCACUGGAUUAAUUCUGUUGGUUCCUAGCCUGCAUCUAUAAUACAUCUUAUAGAACUCAAAUCAUAUAUAACCUGUCCUAUAGGACUGGUGGUAGGACAGGGCCUGUCCUAUAGGACUGCUGGCACUGAGCACCCUAUUCCCAAUAGGGCUUUGGUCUAAAGUAGUGCACUAUAAAAGGUUUGGUGUGCCAUUUAGGACGAAGGCAUGGCGUCCUGCAGUAUAGCUGUCUGUCCAUCUGCUAGCUCGUUAUAGACACGCCACAGGAGGCUGGCAGCACCUUUAAUUGGGGAGAACGGGCUCGCGGUAAUGACUGGAGCGGAAUCAGUGGAAUGGCAUCAAAUGUAUAUCAAACACAGGGUUUCCAGCUGUUUGAUGCCAGUCCAUUAGCGCCGUUCCAGGACGUUAUUACAGCCUCCUGUGUGACACGCUCAGUUGAGUGACUGGAGACGUGUGUGUGUGUGUGUGUGUGUGUGUGUGUGUGUGUGUGUGUGUGUGUGUGGCUGUGUGUGUGUGUGUGUGUGUGUGGCUGUGCUAAUGUGUAGUUGGGCUGAAUUCCAGCUGUUCAAGGUGAUUGAAGUACCAGCAGGUAGAGUUUUGUUUUGUUCUCGUUAGUGCUUUACCCUGAAUGCCACACAUUCCUCUAAGCUCUUCUCUUGCUUCAGACCCUCUAAUUGAAAGACGGGGCUUCCCUUCCUUCCACACACCGUGGUUGCAUCUCAAAUGGUACCCUAUUCCCUAUAUAGUGCACUACUUUAGACCAGAGAAUGGCACCCUAUUCCCUAUAUAGUGCACUACUUUAGACCAGAGAAUGGCACCCUAUUCCCUAUAUAGUGCACUACUUUAGACCAGAGAAUGGCACCCUAUUCCCUAUAUAGUGCACUACUUUAGACCAGAGAAUGGCACCCUAUUCCCUAUAUAGUGCACUACUUUAGACCAGAGAAUGGCACCCUAUUCCCUAUAUAGUGCACUACUUUAGACCAGAGAAUGGCACCCUAUUCCCUAUAUAGUGCACUACUUUAGACCAGAGAAUGGCACCCUAUUCCCUAUAUAGUGCACUACUUUAGACCAGAGAAUGGCACCCUAUUCCCUAUAUAGUGCACUACUUUAGACCAGAGAAUGGCACCCUAUUCCCUAUAUAGUGCACUACUUUAGACCAGAGAAUGGCACCCUAUUCCCUAUAUAGUGCACUACUUUAGACCAGAGAAUGGCACCCUAUUUCCUAUAUAGUGCACUACUUUAGACCAGAGAAUGGCACCCUAUUCCCUAUAUAGUGCACUACUUUAGACCAGAGAAUGGCACCCUAUUCCCUAUAUAGUGCACUACUUUAGACCAGAGAAUGGCACCCUAUUCCCUAUAUAGUGCACUACUUUAGACCAGAGAAUGGCACCCUAUUCCCUAUAUAGUGCACUACUUUAGACCAGAGAAUGGCACCCUAUUCCCUAUAUAGUGCACUACUUUAGACCAGAGAAUGGUACCCUAUUCCCUAUAUAGUGCACUACUUUAGACCAGAGAAUGGCACCCUAUUCCCUAUAUAGUGCACUACUUUAGACCAGAGAAUGGCACCCUAUUCCCUAUAUAGUGCACUACUUUAGACCAGAGAAUGGCACCCUAUUCCCUAUAUAGUGCACUACUUUAGACCAGAGAAUGGCACCCUAUUCCCUAUAUAGUGCACUACUUUAGACCAGAGAAUGGUACCCUAUUCCCUAUAUAGUGCACUACUUUAGACCAGAGAAUGGCACCCUAUUCCCUAUAUAGUGCACUACUUUAGACCAGAGAAUGGCACCCUAUUCCCUAUAUAGUGCACUACUUUAGACCAGAGAAUGGUACCCUAUUCCCUAUAUAGUGCACUACUUUAGACCAGAGAAUGGCACCCUAUUCCCUAUAUAGUGCACUACUUUAGACCAGAGAAUGGCACCCUAUUCCCUAUAUAGUGCACUACUUUAGACCAGAGAAUGGCACCCUAUUCCCUAUAUAGUGCACUACUUUAGACCAGAGAAUGGCACCCUAUUUCCUAUAUAGUGCACUACUUUAGACCAGAGAAUGGCACCCUAUUCCCUAUAUAGUGGCACUACUUUAGACCAGAGAAUGGCACCCUAUUCCCUAUAUAGUGCACUACUUUAGACCAGAGAAUGGCACCCUAUUCCCUAUAUAGUGCACUACUUUAGACCAGAGAAUGGCACCCUAUUCCCUAUAUAGUGCACUACUUUAGACCAGAGAAUGGUACCCUAUUCCCUAUAUAGUGCACUACUUUAGACCAGAGAAUGGCACCCUAUUCCCUAUAUAGUGCACUACUUUAGACCAGAGAAUGGCACCCUAUUCCCUAUAUAGUGCACUACUUUAGACCAGAGAAUGGCACCCUAUUCCCUAUAUAGUGCACUACUUUAGACCAGAUAAUGGCACCCUAUUCCCUAUAUAGUGCACUACUUUAGACCAGAGAAUGGCACCCUAUUCCCUAUGUAGUGCACUACUUUUGACCAAAACCCUAUGGGCCCUGGUCUCUUCUCACACCUUCUGUAUACGGGCCCCUGGUCAAAAGUAGUGCACUAUAUAGGGAAUAGGGUGCCAUUCUCUGGUCUAAAGUAGUGCACUACAUAGGGAAUAGGGUGCCAUUCUCUGGUCUAAAGUAGUGCACUAUAUAGGGAAUAGGGUGCCAUUCUCUGGUCUAAAGUAGUGCACUACAUAGGGAAUAGGGUGCCAUUCUCUGGUCUAAAGUAGUGCACUAUAUAGGGAAUAGGGUGCCAUUCUCUGGUCUAAAGUAGUGCACUAUAUAGGGAAUAGGGUGCCAUUCUCUGGUCUAAAGUAGUGCACUAUAUAGGGAAUAGGGUGCCAUUCUCUGGUCUAAAGUAGUGCACUAUAUAGGGAAUAGGGUGCCAUUCUCUGGUCUAAAGUAGUGCACUAUAUAGGGAAUAGGGUGCCAUUCUCUGGUCUAAAGUAGUGCACUAUAUAGGGAAUAGGGUGCCAUUCUCUGGUCUAAAGUAGUGCACUAUAUAGGGAAUAGGGUGCCAUUCUCUGGUCUAAAGUAGUGCACUAUAUAGGGAAUAGGGUGCCAUUUGGGACACGAGUGUUCUAGUCAGGUUUUCUCUUCUAGUCAUAGUUCAAGCCUUUAAUCUUAGAGCAAUAUAGAUCGAUUGUCAAACAUCUCAUAACAUUGAUUUAAAGAAUAAUUUCCAUCCAGUAAGACUGUCAGAUGCAUGAUAUACAUUUAAGUAUGUUAUAUCUUCUAUGAUAAGCUUCUGAUCAAGGUUAUAUGUGUUGUCGGAUUGUUGUAGCUCGGACAUAGUGGUAAUACGUCUACAUUUAAAAAAACGUAGUAUUUAAUAUUGAAGUUGGAUCCGUGAUCUGGUAGACACAGAGACUGGGCUCACAACAGACAACAGACCCAUACGUAAAAAAUGUAUGCACACAUGACUGUAAGUCGCUGUGGAUAAAAGCGUCUGCUAAAUGGCAUAUUAUUAUUAUUAUUAUUAUUAUUGUUAUUAUGUCUUUCAAGUAUUGGGGAUGUCCACAAGGUGGCGCUCUGUAACCACUUUACUCACACUAUGGUUUUACUGUGAGUCCCUCUACACAAGUUCUGGAGUUACUGUUUGAAAUUAAAUAGUGAUAUUACUUUAAAUAAGUUCGACAAUAACUAAAUAAAUGACUCUGCUUUGAGAACAAUGGACACAAGUGGACCCGGAAUUCUAAUUUUCUUGAGAAAAGAGAAGUAACGCAUUUUGGGUUAACUUUUUUUUCUGAACUCCAAGCACAGAUAGGACACAUGGACAUUAAUUUCCCUUAGUCAUUAAUCAUGCAAACGCAUUAAUUUUUUUAUUGUGACACGUGUCAGUGAGAUUCAAACCUACGAUCUUCUGUUCUCUAUCACUGGAAUUAGUUCACUGCGCCACCAGGAUGGAGCUAAGCUUGACGUGUUCUUUAACACGUACAAAGCUGUUCGUUUGAGUCUAUUCAAACAGACUCCAUUUCAAAGGAAACAAGAACUCAUUAAGAUCAGGUGUGUCCAAUUAGUGGGCGCGGCCAACACACCUGAACACACUUAACAAGAUAGAGGCUAGAGAAAUGUGUAUGUUUUUAAAUAAAGCAAUUGUACACGAGGGCGUGCUUAAACGAGGCCGAGUCGAGCCAAACCAAAUGUUAGGCUAAAAGCAAGGGGAAAUAAUGUCUAGAUGCUUUUUACAGUGAAGAUCAAGUUAAUGAAUUGGCUAGUGGGCAGUGGUGUAAAGUAAUUAAGUAAAAAAUACUACUUAAGUUUUCUGUACUUUACUUUAAUAAUUAUAUUUUUGACAACUUUUACUUCACUACAUUCCUAAAGAAAAUAAUGUACUUUUUACUCCAUACAUUUUCCCUGACACCCAAAAGGACUCGUUACAUUUUGACAGGAAAAUGGUACCAUUCACGCACUUAUGAAGAGAACAUCCCUGGUCAUCCCUACUGCCUCUGAUCUGGCGGACUCACUAAACACAAAUGUUUUGUUUGUAAAUGAUGUCUGAGUGUUGGAGCGUGCCCCUGGCUAUCCGCAAAUAAAUAAAUAAACAAGAAAAUGGUGCCGUCAGGUUUGCUUAAUAUAAGGAAUUUUUAAUAAUUAAUUAUUUUACUUUUACUUUUGAUACUUAAGUAUAUUUAAAACCAAAUACUUUUAGACUUUCACUCAAGUAGUAUUUUACUGGGUGACUUUCACUUUUACUUGAGUCAUUUUCUAUUAAGGUAUCUUUCCUUUUAUUCAAGUAUGACUUAUGAGUACUUUUUCCAACACUGCAAGUGGGAAACUCAGAGCUUAUUAUACGAGUUUCCAAGUCAGAAAUGUCAAGAGUUUCAGAGUUCCGAGUUGUCUUAAAAGCGGUAUUAGUCCUGACAUGAAAAGACAAACUACAGGUCAGAGGACAGUCCAGUGUUAAUUACAGCUGUUAGUGCUGUUUCAAAUACCCCUUAGGUGCACUAAGCAGGCUUCACUUACUAACUUGCUUCCAACAACAGUUGGGUCUCGGCUGGGUUACAGUAAAGCCCUUUGUGACAAAUGUUGUUGUGAAGAGGGCUUUUAAUCGACCAAUUAAAAAAUAUGUUGAAAACAAAAGGCCUUUUAAAUGUGAUUGAUUUGGUUGUCUCCUCAGGUGUGGAUUUUGGUCAGUGAUGGAUAUAAUGAUUUGAUUGGUUGCCUCCUCAGGUGUGUGAGUGAUUUGAUUGGUUUGUCUCUCCAGGUGUGGGUGGGGUCAGUCACAGAGUUCCUCCCUGAGGACCUGAAUGCCCAGGAUGAGGACACGCCCCCUGAGGAGCUGCAGGUGAUAGUGACUCCGCCCUCUAAUGGCCACCUGGCGCUGAAGAGCGCCCCCUCCAGGCCGCUCCUGAACUUCACCCUGAAACACAUCCAUCUGGGACAGCUGCUGUUCGUCCACAGUGGUAAGACCUGAUCCUAAACCUGUAACAAACUUAGCCUUCUAGUGGAAUUGGAUGUAGCAGUAGAUACCAGAGGGGUAUACUAUAGUAGUUGGAUGUAGUACAUGUAGAACCCUCUGUGGAAAGGGUUCCACCUGGAACCAAAAGGGUUCCACCUGGAAUCCAAAAGGGUUCUACCUGGAACCCAAAAGGGUUCUACCUGGAACCAAAAAGUGUUUAUUUUUUAUUUUUUUUAGGUCAUUUAGCAGACGCUCUUAUCCAGAGCGACUUACAGGAGCAAUUAGGGUUAAGUGCCUUGCUCAAGGGCACAUCAACAGAUUUUUCACCUAGUUGGCUCAGGGAUUAGAACCAGCGACCUUUUGGUUACUGGCACAAUGCUCUUAACAACUGAGCUACCUGCCGUGUACUCCUAUGGGGGACAAGCGAAGAACCCUUUUACGUUCUAGAUAGCACCUUUUUUUCUAAAAGUGUAGGAUCAUGUCCCCCCCCCCUGUACACAUAAUCUUAUUCAUUAUGAUCUAAAAGGCUAAACUGAUUCUAGAUCAUUACUCUUACUCUGAGAUGUUUGAUAACUACGGGCCCAUGAAGCCUAUUGUCUUGGGGCAGAAGGUAAUCAGUGCUGUUUGUUUGUGUUGUUCCCACUAAAAGGUGCCAUGUCUGGAGGGUUCAACUUCCAGGUGAACGACGGAGUAAACUUUGCCCCCCGCCAGAUCUUCAGCAUCACAGCCAGCGCCCUGGUCCUCAGCCUGGAGAUCAACAGACCUCUCAAGGUGUUCCCA